AUGCACAGCAUUGCCCAACAACAAAAUGAAAACAUGCGCGCGGCGAAGCACGAAUACCGAAAGGCGUCGGAAGGUGCGACGGAAAAAGGCCGGGCGGAAGCCGGGGUCCUUGAGGAUCUCCAAGGGCAAAACUAUCAAAAGAACGCACAAAGUGGGGAAGCACGAAAUAAAGCAGCAGAACACCGAUUGCUGGAGCAUCAACACGCGCAACAAAGGGCCGACGUAAGCUCAGCACUGAUGUCCUCCUCGAAAUCUAGCUCUGGGGCACAGCAAGAACAAAAAGAGACAAAAUCCAGCAGCGCACAGCGAGACGCCUUCUCGGCGUCUAUUCCCGACGACUGGAACCUGUAUGAUUUCCAUAUCACGCACUCACCCGGAAUGAUAUCAAAUACGAAUGCGUCUGGGCCUGGAAGAUUGUGAGACCGGCAGUGCCAGUGGGACAUGGCUGCUGGAGAGUCUGUGGCGCAUGGUGCAGAAGACGCAGAGAAAUGCUGGAGCGCCCAGCUGUUGCUAUACAUGCAAAAACGCAGCUUCUGAUGCAAAAUACGCACCGCGGAGCUUGUUUCCAAAACCUUGUCGGACCACUCGGCGGCGUACGAUUAUAGUGCGUUUAUAGUCAUUAUAGCGGCGGCAAAAGCUUACUUUUGCGAAAAUAAAAAAAAUAUUGGGUGGCUUUAUCGUGGGCCUCGCAGCCCAGCCGAAUCAGCACGCUUCUGGACUCAGGACGGCGUAAGACCCACGCCAGCGCAGCGCUCACCCAGUUUGCUCUGCCGUGCUGCCGCAAAGUCAAACACAACACACCACCGCAGCACCCCUUGCGGAAGGCGCGAAAGGUCGCGCCAACUUCAACGCCCGCACACGCCAGGGCGGGCAUCGUGGGCAGGGAGCCGGGCCCGUCGUUGACCCCUUAAUGGGCCAGUCCCGCCAGGUCUGCGCCGCUCCAAAUUUCGUCGGGGCAGGCGGAGGCCCGGCAGGCGCGGCCGAAUCUGGCCAAGCCAAAGGCACGGCGUGAUAUGGAAUGGGCGAGCGCCUUGCGCCCCACCAGAUGUCCCGGGGCCAUGCUCCUGUGCCCCGGUCCGGCGGCAUCAUCGGGCGCAAUGCCCAUCCCUGAUUGCCCGGCGAGGUGCCGCAAAACCCCUCGGCCGCCGCCCACGACCCCUGCUCGGCCGACCGCAAUUCCCCAAUCGCGCGACACUCGCCCUGUUCAAUCAGCCCCAUUUCUGCAAAGCGGGCAAAAGCGUGGCUCCAUCCCAGCCAAGGUGCCUGCGGUUUGGUUACACCUCCCAAGCCACCCCCUAGCGUGCCUCCGCCAAUUCGCGGGAUUCCUUGCAAGAACUGCCCGGCGGCAUUUCGGAUAUCAAUUUCGCGGAAAACACCCGCCCGGCGACACUGCCAGCACGCUUGGAGGCUAGAGCACAAGCGCCGCAGCCCUGGGCAACACAGCGGGGCAGCCGGGCCCCCCUUUUUGCAGGUGGGGAACUUAUCAAGCGGCCCGCGCAAGGGGGGCCCGACCGCGGCGCGCCGUGCCCUAGUGGCCCCAAAACCUUGUCGGACUCGGCGGCGUACGAUUAUAGUCAUACACGAGCAGUUUAUAAAAUAACACUAGAGUAUUUUUACUCGGAUUUUUGGCCCUUAUAGUCUAUAGGGGCUUCCUUAGAAAAUGAAUUCUAGGAAGGAAGCUUUCUAGAAGCUUCCCUUAAGUGAGCUCCUAGGGGAAGCCUCUAGGAGAACGCACUUAAGAAAACGACUGGCAUGGUGACCCGGCCUAGAAAUUUCUGUAGGCAUUUUUUUCGUUUAGGUAGCUUCUUGCAAGAAGCUUCUGAGAAGAGCUUCUAAGUGCCCAUCUGAAUUCAGAUGCGCGCCGGGGCACGCGCCUGCCUGAAUUCAGCUGAAAACAGCGAAAAGAAUCAACUGCAAGCGGGCCGAGGGCUGGCCAAGGCCCAAGGGUGCGCCCGCCUACUUUUAGGUAGAUGCCGGGCCAGCCAUUGCUCCCAGCGCAGACGCCGGGCCAAUCUUCCUCAAUUGAGCCGCACGGCGGUCCCAGCGUCUAAAUGCAAGCGGGCGCCGGGACAAGUCCGAUAGGAUUUAUGUUCACUUCGGGCCCGGUUCGCUUGCAUUUUUCAAGCAGGCGCCGACUUGAGUUCAGGCAUUUUCCACAGGAGGGGACUUAGAAACGCAAGACCUCUCCUGUGAGAGACAGCCUCGAGCUCUGUCGCAGGGAUGCAACUUUAUUGCGCCUUGGCCUCUUUCACUUUCUCGGACGGGAGCAGUGGUUCCUAGCUUCUACGCCCUAGCCUUGGCUUCCACAGGAGGGUGCGUAAAAGGUCCAAACUGCUCCCGAGAAAGAAAUCCCCAAUCUGCGUUGCAGAAGGUGAGCGGCUUUGUGCUUGGGCGGCUUCUUUUUCCCUCUGGAGCGGCCCCCAGUGCGUAGUUUAUUUGGAUGAUGCUUCUUAGUUUACUAGACGCCCCAUCGCCGGCGUCCUGGACGCCGGCGUAAUGGUCUAGUACGAUUAUAGUCAUUUCCAAAACCUUGUCGGACUCGGGCGUUACGAGUGCGUUUAUUAUCAUACACGAGCAGUCAGCAUGACAACUUUCCAGAAGAUUCAGAUAUAUUUGUAGUGCAUGAGUGACCACGUGCGACCACGGAGAACCCGUGAAGGAAGCGGAGUGCGAGCACGCCGUGACCCUGCUGCGCCGCAGUAUCGGAUCGAAAAGUGCCUUGCCGCUCCAGAUCGUCGGGUAAGGAUUUGCAAUGCAGGAGAUAGGUCGAGGACACUAGUGAAAAUAUAUAAUUAGUACGGGGACCGACUUAUUUAUAUUUUCUCUUUCUCCGAUUUUGCGUAUAUUUAUUCCUAGAAAAACAGCAGCGCAAAGAAUCGACACCGGGCAUUGGCCAGAGACUGCGUGGUGGUAGACAAGGCUUGCUAAGCGAAAAGCGGGCACUGCCGUUGGAGCGCUGCUUUGCACGCCUGGAAUCUCUUGAAGCGGAAAGAGCCCUCCGUGUCCAUUCAUGCAAGACAAAAGGUUUCCAGUUUUUUCGCGGAGCAGACGCUGCGGUGGCACUUUGCAUUUUCAUAGGGAGGUUUGGGGGUCCGGUAAUCCCGGAUAUUGCGGUCGGCGAAGGCGGACGCUUAUGCAUUGCAAAUAAACUACAAGUGUCGUGCUAAUAUUGAUUGCAAGAUAUACAUAACAAAUGCCUCUAAGAUGGUAGUGCUGACUCACGCUUACAAAUACAACUUGAGUUCCUAAGUCAUUUAAAAAAUCUUGAAUCUCAGGAACUCAAGUUGUAUUAACAGGGAGUCUUAGGACAUUCUAGCGUCGUUAUUCCAAAUCCUAAUAAUAUUUUACAAGUUACUAGGACUGCAAUCAUGCAGGACAUUAUGUCCUGCUGCAUGAUUGCAGUUACUACGAUUGCGAUGCUUUUGUGUAGAAUAAUGCUGUGGCGACGGGGCCUGGGGCGAGGUCCCCAUGGGCUGCUCCGUCCGGAUAUGAAUCGCAAAUGUGUCUAGGUCUGCAAGGUCUGCCAUGCUUCUCUGACGUGACUUCAAAAGGUUUGAUGCAUGUCCAUAGUGCGGCCUUGUUAUGCAAAGAGAAAGAACAAGAAACACUUUGCCAUGCGAAAUACACAUAGCGCAUUCAAAUACUUCUAUAUAUUUGCCAUGCUCGGCUGUGCAAGUGCAUAAUUACACGAGGUUUGUCUUAUGUUAUUCCCGAUGUUUUCAGCAUCACAGGGCUUCAGAGCCAGACAUAUGCUGCGUUUGAUACCGGACGGGCCAUUACGACUCCAACGGCCAGCACUCCUACGACAAGGCAUUAUGGGAGUCUCAUGGCCGACGCCGAAAUCGACAGAGUUGAAAUUAGUAGCGUGCGACGCAUGAACUCCAACUCGAUACCAGGAGUUGGGCGACCAACUACUUUUCAUCGUAGCGUCACAAAUUUUGUAAGCACCUCAAGAAAUCUAUAUCUGUCAUGCUAUUUGGGGCAAAGAAGACUCGACUGCUUUUGCCGCGCUUCUUCGCACCUCUAGCAAUAGCCGCUCCCGUUGAAGAGGCUCCCGCACUCAGCGUCGCCUGCCAUACCUGCGGAACAGGUAUUCUGUGCAGCCCGGCACCCAUGCGUCCGCGUCGCAAAUCUCUUCCCCUUUGUCGAUUUCGACUCUGGCGCUUUCAUAGUGCUUAUAAAAUGCAAAUGUGUUUCGGUCUGGAAGAAUGCCGAUUUAUGUCAUUUUGUUGUUGCAUGAUAUCACAGGAGAUCUGGCAUGGAAGGUCUAGUGCCGCAGGUUUUCUUUUUGAGAAAGCUUCACAAUGCCUAAUAAAUCCGCAUGACAGUAAUUACCCCCUCUCUCGUUGGCAACAUCAAGUGAGCAACUUUUGCUGUCCAGCUCCAGUCAUGCGCAUGCGUGACAGGUUUUUGUGUGGUCUAAGUUGCGCUGCAUCAAAAAAACAAAAAGUCUGCAUUUCUCCCAGACCCAGACACGCUUGCAAUGCAUAGACCUGGCGACCCUACUACAAGGGGGGAGACCCGCCGGAAGGAUACUACUCCUACGCCGAUUGCAUCGGGCAGCAGUACCAGCUUGUUUGCCGGUCCGAAGCGUCAAUGAGUGGCGCAGCAGGGAUAUGAGAGUGCAUAAUCCCCCCUCCCCCUCAUUUGAAGGGCAUGAAAAGCAAGACAAGCACAAGCGAAGGCGGAGCCUUUCUUGCAUGACAAGGAGCGCGAUUGCCGUCUCGAACCCAAAGGCUUCAGGUGAUGACAAACCUCACCACGAUUCCGUCCCAGGAGGCCUUAUUGCUGUCUUUCGAGGCCAUCACUGCGUCCAAAUUCGCCACCUAGAAUUCAUCGAGUACGCGGCUAAAAUUCUGUAGAAGUAAUUGAAAACAUCAGGGACGCCCUCCCAUAGUUUCCCAACACGAAACGCGCAUUUUUCUGCUGCUGUUUGGCCUUUCGGAAUGAUGUCUAGAUGUCGUGCAAACCGCAACACCAGGGCAAGAGUUAACUUCUUGAAUUCAGUUUGAAAUCAGUUUGAAAUGAAAGUACAAGACGAGCGGUCUGGAGUUAAGGGCCACACAAAAAAGAUAAAUGCGAAUUUGCAGCAUGGCAAAACAGGCGGAGCAAGAGGCUUUUGCACCCUCAUAUGGGAAGCCAGUCCACCUUCUGAACGUAGAAGACGGCGACCUCUUUUUCGCGGAUCCAGGCGCCAUGGCGUGUUAUGCGAGGCAAAUAUGGUUGGGCCUGCUGGAGCGAAAACUUUUGAUGCGGAUUUCGAAGUAGGCAUGUAAAAAAUUGUGUUGCAGCAUACUCAGCGAACGAUGUCGGAUUUUUAUGUUCACGAGAAGGCAUUUCCAUUUCUCUUGCAGGCUAGCUAUGGAGAAGCUUUGAGAGGACUUGUGAUGCUCCGUGCACAUUUUUCCAGAGCCUGAUGCAGAAGCAAAAACUGCAUGACAAACUUUCGCUGUCUUUCAGGCGGCCGAUAAAUAUUUGGAACGCAUACUGAUCCCGACGGAGUAAUGUUCUCCGGUACGUCCCUGGAUUGCGAACGCGUUGGGUUGUAUCAAAUGCAAAUAUUCCAAAGCUGCUGGAGAGUUGCGGUCCUGAACUGUGGAUGAUAAAAGCAGUUUCGAAUGCAAGCACGUACUAGCGUGACAAAUUUGCGGAAGGCUCUGUCACACACAAUGCGCAUCAGAAGCUAUGUUUUUGCUGUGGCUUUUCUUGGUCCUGCAACAGUACAAAUAUUACAGAAAAAAUAUAUAAUGUAAAGACGAAGAAAGACUGGCAUUUAUGAAUGCAACAAGUUCCAACUACUUUCCAGACCCAGACGCAGGCACUUUUGCAAUGCAUAGGCUGACUUUGUUUCGGGCCUACGCAACCAGCAGCUGGCCCAUGCAGUUUGAUUUGGGAACAUAUGGAAAUUUCAAGCACUAUUUUUCUUGCUGUUACAUGAUUUGCCAUGUUGCAAAAUUACGAUCAGCCUCUACACGAUCAAGCUGCUUCGCGCGGCUUGUAUGUUGAAGCGCCAAACAGAAUGAAGAUCUGCUUCGUAAAAAUGCAAGACGUACAAGCGGCGCCCGCGCCCCUGCUAUUUUUGCGCCGCAAACCCAAACUCAUGUGAAAAGGUAUCAAGCAUAACGCUUGAGAUCUCCAUAGAGCAACAGAGUGUGCGACCGCGACUACGUUCCCGGUCGGGUGCAGCAUGCGGGUCGGGGCCGAGGGUGACAACACAAACAACUACCGGGCUUACUACAACCGGGCCUAUAUGAAGCCUGCAAACUUCGAAGCCUACGCGGACGGGACUUGCGUGCCGCAAAGUUUCAUGCCGGUCUGUUCGAUGCCGGGCUAUCCGGGGAGAAUCAAGUAUGAGCACGCCAGGUAGGAAAUCCUCAAAAUAAAAAGCAAGAAAGUUGGUGACUCCAAGACGACAGCACCAAUUGAGGCCGCCAUUUCGAACCGGCGAGGGGGAGCUGUGUGUCCGGGAAAUGAGGAGAAAUUGCGCAAUCCCCCCAGCCCACCCUCAUCUAUUUUUAGACAUGCAAAAAUACAAAAACAAACGCAUGUCUUGCCUUUGGGCCGUGUGUGAGUCACAAACCAUAAACAGGAUCACAGUCCGCGAGCGGAUUUGUCAUGCGGAAGUUACGUUUCAUUCUGUCGUUGCUUGUGUUGCUGUUCAUGCCCUUCAAACGAGGGCUUAUUGCUAUUGGACGCGUUGUGAACUCGUAUCAAAAGAUAAGGAGGGGCGCAGCUUCAAGAUUUUUCGGAUUGUAGAAACCAUGAGACAAUAAAUUACGCAGCUGGCAUUUGGGGUUUCCAUUCUGAGUGAAACGAGCUGGCAAACCCCAAGGUGUGACGCAGCUGGCUCUGAGCUCUUCUGGCCUUCCUGGACAGCUGCAGGUGGCAGCGCCUUGAGUUUCUCCGGCCGUGAAAAACUUUACGAAGAGCGGCGCAGCUUUAAGACUUUCCGGUCGUGCAAGGAAAACUACCAAGCACAGGGCACCGUGGCGGGUUCGUAGACGUUGCGACGCAGCUGCUGCGAGCUGUUUCGGCCCGGGAAAAGUGUCUCUCCGAGGGGUUCCACAGCUUUGCGUCGUCCCUUCCUCGAGGCACACGGUGCUCAACCAACGCCGAGCGGGAAAGCAGGUGCGUUGGGACAAUCGGCGGGCCGCCAAGCAGACCGCGGCCAGUCAUAUCGGUCAGCCCCUCGCAUAAAACGCUCGCCCGCAUAUCCCGCAUGGCGCGGUCAGGUUUCGGGUUUUUGUUUUGCCGCUCGGGCCUAUUUGUCAUGCCGAACGAAACUCGAGAAAGGCGCGGCCAGUUGGGCGCAGGGUAUAUAUUGCCGGCCUCGGUUUUGGGUUCGUUCUGGCGCAGGAUAUUUUCCGGGGCAUGUAGUUUUCGGGUGUGCCAUACGAUGGCGCCCGGCUCCCAUGAUCGGAUUUGGCACAAAGUCCGCCGGAAGGCAAAGCCCCACAUAGUGCAUUCACCCAGGCUGGCGCGGCUGUUGCUGUGUCUGUGGUCUUCGAUGGACAAGGUUGACGGAGUUGCCCUAGGGCCUUUCAGGAGGCGCCCCGCCCGCGGGUGCACACACAGAGCCCCAGCCCGUGAGAGUAUGCUCCAUGCCGCGAGUGUUACGCCCCGGAGCACAGGUUGGUAGUCCGCUGCCUGUACUAGCGUCGCCAUUUUUUUCAUGGGGCAAACGCAAAGCAAUUGCGGGCACACUCGGAAAUAAAGCUGCAGGGCGCAUUUUGUUGAGCGCCGAUGCCGGCGCCACACGCUUGCAGGCGGCCCUGUUGUGGGCAAUUGUGCCUGAAUUCUGUAAGGGGGUGCCUUUAGCGGCGGCGAGCGGUUUCUUCAAUGUGCUAAAAAGGAAAACGGCGCAGGCCCUACGCACGCCAGGGCCAUCACCUUCCCAGGCGGCGAGGAGAGGACGCAAGUUCGCAAAAAUCCAGAGGGCGCCGCCAUGUCCGACCUGCGCCGAGCGAUAGGUCGCCGCGCGGGGGUCGACUCAGUUCCGCGCCGUGUCCAGCUUGUUUAUGAUGCCUAAACCCGGAGACGGCGCCAGCUGGGCCCGUCAUGCAUGUUAAGGAGGCGCGUUGCAAAUUUUUCUGAGGCUCAGAGAAGUCAAUCUGUCCGCUGCUGCUGAGGACAAGCGCGCCGCGGAUUUCUAUCGUGAUUGCCUGCCAGCAGCAUCAACGCCAUUCCGUGUCUGUCUCGCCCCCUCGUGCCUUCCUUCUUUCACAGCCAGCCGCUUCGGCGGUGGGCGUGUUGGUCGCUCGCUUUGCAUCGUUGCGCGUGUCUUUUCAUGGAAGUCAGAACCUACUUGCUUUUCCAGUUUGGGAAUUUCCUAACGGACGCUUCCACAGCAAGUACAGGCUCGCCGCCGGCAACAACCCUAAAGAAAACGGCAGCUGCAAGGAGAUUGCCGCACUCACGGGACGAGCCUGGCGCCCUAUCACGAAUAGCCACCAUUGCGGUCUCGCGGCGCAGGAGAUAAAAACAGAAAACACGGAACCUAAAAUUGAGCCUGAAGAAUUUCGGAACAAGAUUCUAACGGAGCCUAAAAUGGACGGCGUUGACGAUAACGAGGCGAACUGUAAGCGGGAUCGAUGCCUGCCGCACACGUAUAUUCGCGACCGCCCGGGGGGCUGCUAUUGCUCGGGCACGACCGGGCAGUGCCAUUUCAAUAAUGGUGGCUUCGACCGUGAUGAGCCAAAGGCGUGGCAUGCCAUAGGGUAUGUUCCGUUGUGCUUUUUGAAUGACGACACCUUGCCUGCGGGUGCAGCUGCGGCGACAGCGACGAACGCUAAGUAUCUUGUGACGGCCGGCUCGCUAUCAAAAUGAAAAACCUAAACCCCCCUUCCCCAUGUUCAAGCGAAAUCUGUGAUGCGCCGCGAUUUCUGUCCAGAAAGCAGCUUUGUCUUCCGCAGAAGUGGGGUACUGAUGCAGGCGGAUAAGAAUCUGGGGUGGGGUCAUUUUCGCGUAGACGCUUAGCAUGAGAGCAGACGCCGGGGCGGGGGGACGGCGCAACAGCAUUUGAACUACAACACAACAAAUCCCCUGCAUAUGAAUGAAUGAAUUAAUGCACCGGCUCCGCUGCAUCUGGACAAUUUACCUUCUUGCAAGACAGGGCACCACGCGAUCUGCGACCACAAAAGGGCGCCGCAGAUCUUCAGAGGCGUGCUCUGUCAUUUCGGGCCGGGGGGAUUUUCCUUACGAUACUCGCCUGUGGGAGUUGCUGUGUAUCGUGGCGCCGCCGCGGUGGUGCCUGACGAUGGACCGGGAGCUCCCGCGAAAUGCGUGCAUCCAGGCAUCCGAUUUUUCCUACGCUGCUGCUCUGACCGCGCAACCCACGUGCCUAUGUCUGCGUAUGGCUGCGACGACAAGACGGAGGACGACAACGGCGUUACCUGUGCUCGGUGCCGCGGACCCUUCUAUGAUGAUACCAACGGAGAUCAAUUUCUGACCAGCAGUGAUGCGCAAAACACCGAGGCCAGCGGCACUGUCACCUUUCCCUGGACCAGCAUGGGACCCGGGCACACGUUGCACACCGCGAAGGCUUACUGCGAAGCGCAGACCUUCGAGGGAACGAAUCUGCGCCUUUGUACAGACGACGACCUCUUUGACGGACGUGGAGUUCCCGAGAACGAUGACUGCGGAUUCCAUGGGCGGCACAUAUGGACGCAGACCAUGUGCGAAUCCGAAAGUGUUGGCAAAGUGUCGCUGCGGCAAAGUGAAGCGCCACUCACCGGCAACUUUGAAGUGGAAGGCAAGCUCACGAUCGGGGAGAAGGAGAACAACUAUGUGACACAAUUUACAUUGGAGAGGGGAAACCCGAACUCGUUUGAUGUGAUCUUCCCACACGUGCUCCCUCGGAGCCGCAGGUUCGAGAUGGUGUUCACCCAGCUUCCGGACAACGGCGCAGAAGUCUUCAUCCCUUUCGAGGAGGCAAAUCUGUACUACAUCACAACGGCGGCAGGUUACUCCAGUGACGCACCAAUCACUUGUCCCUACUACAACUCAAUGAAUUUGGGUUGCGCCGCGCUCUAUCAAAUGUAAAAGUGUCUGGGUCUGUAAGAAUGCAACUUGUCACGCUAAAUCUGAAGCAUGCAAAAAUCUGUGUUGCAUGAUUACCAAAAGUCAACCAGUUUUGACCAAGUCGAGAGCGAGUUUCUCACGCAGGAUAAGCAUGAGAGCGCUCGCACAGAAUCUGUCAUGCUACGUUCUGCAUUCCAGACCUCGUGGGUCAUGGAAAAGCUGCAUGACAAACAAGGUCCGAGCACGGGGACAGAGUCCCCGUGCGGCGACCUUCCGGCAUUACAUUUGUCUGCGCGGUGGCACUGGCCAGGCAGGUCGCCUGCAGCUAGGUAUCUCGGUGCGCCUUGCAUUCACUGACCCGCGACGGGCCUGCGGACGCGGCCCCCUUGCUUGCGCGCACUAGAUUCAUUAGCCUGCCGCGCGCAAAGAUAAAAGAAAAGAAGAAACUAACUGGCGCGUGCCGGGCCGGGAGCCGGCCCCCAGGUCAUGACGCGGCGACAGAGUCCCCGCACUGCCCUGGGGCUUUUCUCUGCCCCUUCCAUCCUCGGCCGCGCGGUGUGGUGUCCGGGGAGUGUUCGUAGCUAGCCCCCUUGGCCGCACGUUCGUUGUCCGGGAACGAAGCGCCCAAAGCUGGCCCCUAGGCCAUGACACGGGGACCGAGCAGUCCCCGCGCUGGCCUGGGGCUUUCGCCCCUAACUUGGCCGCACGGUGUCGCCGGGGAGCGCCUGCAGCUGGCCCCUAGGCCAUGGCGCGGGGACCGAGUCCCCGCGCUGGCCUAGGGCUUUCGCCCCUUGGCAGCACGGCGUCCGGGAAGCGCUUACAGCUGGCCCCUAGGCAAUGGCGCGGGGGCAGAGAGGGUCCCCGCGUGCGCUGGCCUAGGCAGGGCUUUCGCCCUUUUGCCGCACGGCGUCGCGGGAAGUGCUGCGAGCCAGCCCCUAGGCCAUGGCGCGGGGGCCGAGUCCCCGCGCUGCCCUAAGGGUUCGCUUCGCCCCGCCCUUGGCCGCGCGCGCGGUGUCCGGGAAGCGCGCACAGCUGGCCCCUAGUCCAUGACGCGGGGCCCCACCGAGCCCCCGCGCUGGCCUAGGGCUUUCGCCCCUUGGCUACACGUUGUCCGGGAAGCGCCCUCAGCUGGCCCCUAGGCCAUGACGCGGAGACCGAGUCCCCGCGCUGGCUUAGGGCUUUCGCCCCUUGGCCGCACGGUGUCCGGGAAGCGCCGACAGCUUGCCCCUAGUCCAUGACGCGGGGACCGAGUCCCCGCGCUGGCCUAGGGCUUUCGCCCCUUGGCCACACCUCGCCCGGGACGGAUGGAAACGCCAACAGCUGGCCCCUAGACCAUGACGCGGGGACCGAGUCCCCGCGCUGGCCUAGGACUUUCGCCCCUUGGCCGCACGGUGUCCGGGAGGCGCUCCCAGCUGGCCCCUAGGCUAUGACGCGGGGGCCCACCGAGUCCCCGCGCUGGCCUAGGGCUUUCGCACGCCCCUUGGCCGAACGGUGUCCGGGAAGCGCGCGCACAGCCACAGCUGGCCCCUAGGCCAUGACGCGGGGACCGAGUCCCCGCGCUGGCCUAGGGCUUUCGCCCCUUGGCCACACCGUGCCCGGGACACGCCAACAGCUGGCCCCUAGGCCAUGACGCGGGGACCGAGUCCCCGCGCUGGCCUAGGACUUUCGCCCCUUGGCCGCACGGUGUCCGGGAAGCGCUCACAGCUGGCCCCUAGGCCAUGACGCGGGGACCGAGUCCCCGCGCUGGCCUAGGGUUUUCGCCCCUUGGCCACACCAUGCCCGGGAAACGCCAACAGCUGGCCCCUAGGCCAUGGCGCGGGGACCGAGUCCCCGCGCUGGCCUAGGACUUUCGCCCCUUGGCCGCACGGUGUCCGGGAAGCGCUUACAGCUGGCCCCUAGGCCAUGACGCGGGGACCGAGUCCCCGCGCUGGCCUAGGGCUUUCGCCCCUUCCUUGGCCGCACGGUCUCGCGUGACAGACUGGGCUUCGGCUCCAAACCUCACAUGGCAAAGUCCGAAAGUUUGGCCGGGGUGUGUCCGAAAGUCUGCCCGGGGUGUGUCCGAAAGUCUGCACGGGGUGUGUCUGGGGUAUGUUCGGACUUUUUGCCUGGGGUAUGUUCGGGGGUCUGUCUGGGGUGUGUCUGGGGUAUGUUUAUGCCCCACCUGUUGGCUUUUCGGCAAAAAAUUGCAGUCCGCUCGUGAUUGAGGAGCAUUUGCAUACCCCUGACACACCCCCGAGCAUACCCCUCGCCUGCAUUUUUGACCAGCUGCUGCAGUUUAGAUAGUAAUCUCGCAAUCUUCCAGACCCAGACAUUUUUGCAUUUGAUACUCUCCGCAAAGGGGUCGUCUCGGUUGUCGGCCCGAACCAGGUGCUCAAGUUUGAACAGAAGGCCAGCGUGCGCACGAUGCCUGGUGCUUUGAGCGAGUCCUUCGAUUAUCCCCCACAGUGUAUUAUCAAAUGCAAAUGUGUCUGGGUCCGGGAGUGUCAGGCAUAUUCUGUAUGACAGCCCAUGAUUAUGAUGCCUGUAAUGCAUGACCUAGCAUCACAGAUUUUGAAAGGACUUCCUGAUACCUAUUCCGCAUGAGAAAUGCCCUCUCCACGUAACACAAACUGGGCUCCUGUUGCUGGUCAUGCGGUACAGAUUUUUUUCGAGUCCAAAGACAGCAUCACAGAUUGCAACCUUCCAGACCCAGACACUUGUGUAGUUGAUAUGUACGAACCGUGAACAAAAGCCGGCCAACGUACGGUGCUGUAGUUGGAACGGGUUCCAACGUCUGGACGACGCAUCGGCGGAUUAUGGAACUGUCAGGAUCGAAAUAGACAAGGUCGAAAAUAAUUUUGUAAUGCAUAAAAUGUAGGAGUAGGGCACGUAUGGCCUGUGUUGGGAGCAGGCAAUAAAUGCGACCGAUUGCAUUUGCAAGCCUGUUUGCGGGGAGACAAUGCGCUGCCAGAGUAGCAUGACGGGAGCAGUCUUCUUUGCCCAAACAGCACCACGCACGGGAUUUUGCCGCUCCCGAAAUUUGUCACGCGCAAAUUAGGAACUGCGUUCCAAUUGCGUCGGUUUUAUGCGUCAGAAAUGAUUUCGAUUUUGGUGAUUUCGAUCCUGACGAUUCCAUACGGAUACGGUCAAGUUUAGUGUCCGGCUGGACAUGCGGCUGUACGCAGGGCAACGGGAAUCGAAGGGGUGCAGCGGCUUGCGGGGGCGUUCCUACAACGACGCAAUCGAAAUUUGCGAGUACUUCGGGUUUACGCUGUGCACCGAAGUCGAGGUCAAGGGGGGGUUUAGCCAAGACACGGGGUGCGGCUUCGAUGCCAGUCGAAUUUGGACCAAUACCGCCUGCGACCCCGCGGAGCUACCCUGGUACCUGAACGAUGUAGACGCGAACCCCGUUCCGAGGAACGAGAUGAUCUUCCUCGCAGAUGCGCACCUGACCUGCAAAAGGGCGGAGAGUGGCGUGGACCACGCGUUUUACGCAAAAACCGACUACGUGGACAUCAGUGCUUACACGCCCGAGGGCCCCAACAAGUCCUACGCAGCGGGGGCGCUCAACGAGGCCCUCUCGAAGUGCCUUCAGGACGAAAGCUGCUGCUACGUGAACGCGGCCGGAUACUCGCAGAGUGCCGAGCAGUUCAUUCGAAGCUACGUGGUGCGGCCUAGCUACAUGAGGCUGGAGUGCACCUUCACAUAUGGCCCUUUUGGGGAUGAAACCUACAUGGUGAGCUUUGCGAAGGCGCGAUGCUUCGACUACAUCUCAGAGGUCACCUACCUCGCGCGGGCGGACGGAAAGCAAGUCCCGGCAGGAACCAGCCGGGUGACCGGACUGGUGACGGCGGCGAGCGCCCGAGCGCUGCCCCUGGAGGGUUGGGGACAAUGGGCUUACGCCGCCACGAAGUGCUGGGCAGAUCCGGCACUAUCAAUGGAAGUGUAUGCGAACCACAUGUGCGACGGCAUGACUUAUUUCAGCAAGGUCAACAAGGAGGGCUCGCGGGCGGCUUUUGGCGGGUACCCGGUUCGCCCAGGCCCGAAUGUGGGCAGCUGCGUGGACACCUGUGCUCUCGAGUCGUACUUUGAAAUUGCGCGCACGGUUUCUGCGCAUGGUACCCGAUAUGUGUCCUUUUGCAUGGGCUCCGAGCAGAUGAGCCGGCGGCUGGAGCAGUGGGAAAGGAUAGGAGGUGCGGAAGGGUCCGGCAACUGCGACGCCGAGGCCGCCGGAGACCCGGACGGGCAGUGGAGUUGGGUAUUCCAGAAGGUCGGCAACCCAGACGAAAAGUUCGAGGAACUGACCACCACGACGACCCCGGAGCCGGAUUUGGGAGUGCCCGGCCCGGUUUUGUGGAAAUUUACGCGAAUGACCAAGAUGCCGGGAUUUAGUGGCGGGUGCUCGUACGAUGAGGGCGCGGUGGAGGUGUUGAAGUCUCCCUUCUUUGAGAUGCAGUUCGGGUUGCAUUGGGAGGAUGCGGUCGAUGCGGACACGGGCAACAUGGACUUUCGCACUGCGGUGGCCUUUUGCAAGGUACUCUACGACUGUGCGUACGUAGUGGAGGAAACCACUGAGGGCGGAUCCGGGCCGGAGGAGGACCAGUGCAACCUGCUGCGGAUGAGCACCACUAAUGGACCCGAGGAAGAGACAGCGCUCGAGACCGACCCGAAACAGGUCAACGGAGCAUGGAACGAGGUCAAUGCGCUGAAAUACGCGCCGGUCGACGUACCUGGCGAGCGGAUAGUUGGCCUGCCAAAGUCCGUGAUGCUCCCCUGGGAAACAGUAGCGGAAGUGGUCGAUGACGCGGGCAACGUAAAACUAGAGGACAAGGAAACCAAGUGCCUAAAGCGCGAUAUACGCAACAAGGAUGGCCCCCCGGAGGUGCGCCACAGAUAUACAAAUUCGGACUUUGAAGACAACAAUAAAGCCAGCUGCCUCCGCGCCUUUCGGAUCUGCCGAUCGGAGCGCAUGAUUGCCGAUCCUGCCGGCAUGCGGUGUGGUCUGAUGAAGAAGGAAAUUGAUGUGAAACUCGCUACCGGGCAUCAUCCCUACCUUUCCGCGACUUUGCAGCCGUACAUAAGGACCGGGUCUGUUCUAUGGACUUCUUAAACGUUACAUUCUCAGCUGUUACAUGAUUUGUCAUGCAAAAUCGCCAUCAGCCACACCACGACCAAGCUACUCCGCACGACAAAAUCUCGAAGGGCUAAACAACAUUCAACAUUGAAAUCUGUGCCGAAUUUGUAAUGCGAAUAGUGCAAGCUUGCCCCUUUCAGUGUUUCUGUUCUUGCAUCAAAAAUUGAUGUAACAGUUGAGAGUGCAACAUUUGAGAACUCCAUAUGUUCUGAACGAGCAUUGUCUCGUCUACGACUCCCUGGGCGAAUAUCCACAAAAAAACAACCAUGCCCAUCCAGUUUGUCAUGCAAAAUAUGCAUAGAGUCCAGUGUUUGUCAUGCAUAGAAUGGAUGGGGAUGGUUGUUUUUUCCGGGAUAGCGAAGCGUUUCAUGCCUGCGUAGGGAAACCCGGCUGUGCUUACAUCUACGACCAAUUGUGCCACUCCGCCCUGUAUAAAAAGCAAAUACGUCGUCUGGGUCUGGAAGAGUGCAGAUUAGACGCCAUGCUUCCUUAAAAUCCGGAAAAGAACUUGAUCUCGCUUUCGUGACUAGCAAAAUACAAAUGCUAACCGUUUUUUGUAGUGCGAAGAUUUCUACUCCUGUGGAGGAGCGACGGAGACAAGAAGUCUUGCACGGUAUAGGUAGAAAAUUAUGUGCGUUAAGACUUAAAUAAUACAGCAACUCCUUGCAUUGCUUUUCCAGGCCCGGGUAUUUUCUAAUCCAUAUCCUGCGUGGGUCUCCAACGAAAACCGUGUGGUUAUGAGAGUACAGAACUCCUUCUCCGAGCCCCUAUUUGUGUGGCACGAACGGUAAUGAAACCACCAAUACAUGGAUGCUGUGGAUGAUAUUGAUAUGCUCAUGACGAGCUCAGUGUAGCAUGGUUUGGGCUUCCAAAAGUUGUAAUGCAAGAAACUACAGUGCCACAGGCGAGGCACAGACAAGACGAGGCAGCAGAUGGCUUUGCAAUUUAGCAUGGCACAUGAGUGGGAGGGGGAUGCUGUGUACCGUUAUAGUGGUCCGACGAUGACCAGGCCCUGAAAGAUAUGGAAGCGCCAGGCUUGUUGAUGAAAUCGACUUUAACGAUUUGCAGCACACACCUAAGAAACAGCGAAUCAAAAAGUACUGCCUGGCUUGCCUAGAAGGCAAGUGAGCGCGAUUGUAAGCCUGUUGAGGGCUAGCGAUAGAGCUGUCGAAGCAGCACGAGAAUGAAAAGCAGCCACCUGUGCGCCAGCAGGACGACAAACACGAUAUAGGUGCUGCCAAAAUUAUUUAUCGCGCGCCGCUCAAAAAUUAGGGGCCCAGGAAUAACUGGAGACGGUUUUACGUGUGGCGCCGCAGAUUGCUGCAACUUUGUCGAUUGCGGCGAGCCUGCCGCUUGCAUAGCCGACCGGUUGCGAGUCGACGCCGGCAUCCACUGGUACGUGUGCCCGCGAUACGCCCUGCCAAUAUGUCUCGGUCUGGAAUAUGACAACCGCAGACCUUUUUUACAGUGUUUCUAUUUUCAUACUGUAUAGAAAUAAAUUGCUAGCUUUGCACAGGGACACAGAAGGUCUGGCCCUCCGCAAGCCUGAGUGUCCCAAGUUCAUCUUCGGAGGUCGUUCCACAAUGCGUAAGCCGCGUGACCGACGACCCCCGCUUUCGUUGGCAAGAUGAAGCGGGCAACUUUUGCUCUUCAGCAGGCAUGGUAGAUUUUGAUAUCGUGCGACAAAGGUUGCAUUUUUCCAGAGGACCCAGGGGACCUAUUUGCACUUGAUAAGCGAUCGGUUAAGAUGGAAGUUCCUGAUCCGGAGCUUUCGCAGGUGAUAGACGUGAACGAAUUCACGGACUGCGCCCUGAAAGUGGAGCCGGAAUAUCCACUGCAAGCAAGUGUAGAUCACGGAGAAAGUACUUAUAUGCAGUUUCUACAUCUGAAAAAAGGUCUAAAGUGCAAGAAGAGCGUGCCAAAUUCUGCGAGUGCCUCUCCAUGCCGAGUCUGCAUGAGAGAUGGCUUUUCCUGGAGACAAGAGCCGCGCAUCUUUUGCUAACCGUUCCAAAAUCUGCCUCUGCAUCACAAAUUUGUAUCCUUCCAGACCCAGCAGACCACACAUUUGCGAAGGCAGGUCUUCUGGCUCUGGCCUUGCUCCAUAGAUACGGCCCGCCAUCGCCCGGUCGCCCCGCCCCUUGAUGGUUCGCGACGCUGGCGUUGUUUGGCAGCGUAGCCAGGUCGCUCGUGCGAGGGGAGGUUUUCUGGCCCAGGCCUUUCGCGCAGGCAGCCAUCUAGCCCCGGCCCCGCCCCUUGUUGCCUGACUUUGUUAGUUUGGCGGCGUAGUCCGCCGGUGCGAGGGCAGGCCGCCCCCCCGGCCCUCGGUCUCUCUGGCUCUGGCCCUGUUCCUCGCCGUCGCGCCGCCCCUUGCUGGUUGGCUGUGCUUGGCGGCGUAGUCAGGUCGUGCGAGGGCAGGAAUUCAGGCCCUGGCGUCCAUCAUGGUCGCGCAGGUGUUCACCAUGAUAAGACUUGACGCGGAAAAAUGGACUCGGUGAUCGGCUCACUUUUGCAACAUUUUUUGCCUGGUCAUGACAGGACUGCUGCAUGACAGGACUUAUUGCAUGAUAGGACUAGCACUGCGACUGCAUGACCAUGAUAGGACUUUCUGCAUGACAGGAGUUUCGGCAUGACAGGAUUUUUGCAUGACAGGACUUUUGCACGACAGGACUUUUGAUGAUCAUGACAGGACUUUUUGCAUGAUCGGGUCGCUUUUCCGCGUCUGUAACAUACCCCAGAACAGGGGUCGAAACAUACCCCAGAACACACCCCGAAACACACCCCAGAUCAUACCCCGGGAGCGACUCUGCGGAAGUGAGGUUCGGGGCCGGAGCUGACUCGCAAAAAGUGACGUCCCGGGUCGGACGUCACUUUUCCGGAGUCAGGUGUGGGGUAUGUUUUGGGGGGUGCAUGAGGAAAUGGCCGACUCAGCUCGUGAUUGAUACCCCGGAACAGGGGUCGAAACAUACCCCGGAACACCCCCCAAAUGAUCACUUUUGGGCAGUUGCUGCAGUUUCAAUAGUAAUUUGUAUCCUUCCAGACCCAGCAGACCACACAUUUGCAACAUUUGCAUUCCAUACGGAAACCCACAAACUGAUUCUCCACUCAGCGUGGAGUAUGUGCAGCACGCAGGCCGAUGUCGUCAUAGGUAGUGGUGGAGGCGGAGGGGGUAAUAUUGUAGAAGAAACGUAACACAAUCGCCCCAGCACUCAUAUUGAAAAGAGGAAUUAUUUGUACCGCCAAGAUGUGGUCAAGAGCUUUGUCUUGCCUCGAAGCCACUGUCUACCUAUUCUAGAUCUGCGCCUGAGCAGGUACGUGGCGGUCUACAGAGUCGGCAUGUUGCAGACGUCUCACGUCUCUGAUGUGGGCGGGUGCGCACGAGCAUGACAGGUUUGGUGCCCGUAAUAUAUCGCUGCCCGUCGCUCCCACCGUGCCUCGAGGCAAGAUGUAAUGCAAUUACGGGCACGAAUUAUGUACGCGAUGACUUUGAGUAUGAGGGCGAUUUUUCCCUUGGAUUCGAGGAUUUCUCCGGCUUCGGAAGUGGAUUCGCGAAUUCCGGCUGCGGAAUUCGAAAAAGGCCGGGGCCAGAACUUUUACUAGUUCCGGCUCCGGAAUUCGAAAAAGUUCGGGCGCCGUCGGGCGCCCGGAGAGUUUUUUUAUUCUCCAAGCGAGUGGGCGCGUGGUCUGGCGCGGGCAAAGGCAUCCCACUUACGCAAUGGACCAGCGCAGGCCAGGCGUUGGCCCACGACAAGACCCCGCGCGCGCCGGCCUCUCGGGUCAUAGUUCAGCGAGGGGGCUCAUGCGCUGCUGGCUUCCGGCGUGCUGUUUUUUCUUUUUGCUUCUUGCCCACGGGGGCCUGGUGGGUAACUAACUCGCGGGGGAAACCGUGCAGAAGCGGACCGCCUGUUGCGCUUCGCCCAUGUGUAGCCUGCUUGUUUCCGUGGCGGUUGGGUGAGCCGGGUUUGGUAUCCUAGCUGGCAGCGAAGGGGGGCCUGCCCGUUGUUACGGCGUGCCUCGUUUUCGGGCCGUGCCCGAGCCAGCUGCGUGUGGCGCAGCUGUGGCUACAGCUUUUCGAAGCCUCGCGAGCCAUCUUCGCGAAGUGGUGGCCCGUGCCUUUCCGCAAGUUCCCCCAGCGCCAGAGCCCGCAACAGCCCGGAGCGGGCCCAGUUGAAAAGCUGGGCACCGCAUCAGCCGCCACACUUCGCGUGGCCCCGGGCCCCGGCGUAGGGAGAACCGUUUAGCUUGAUCGGGCGGGGGCGCAGCGCUUAAGGAAAUAGGGUUGUGCAAUAUCCUGGCGCGAUAUGCCAAACAAGCCCCACCUGGGAGAAGAGUCAACACGUGACAGAUGAUCGCGCUGCAGCCCUAGCGCUUGAGAAGUUGGAAACGCGGAAGCGCCCUGCUGCCCAUAGCGAAAGCAGUUUCAUUCUGUUUGAGGGCGUUUAUUGUGUUAUAUCGAGUAUGUACGCGAUGACUUUGAGUAUGAGGGCGAUUUUUCCCUUGGAUUCGAGGAUUUCUCCGGCUUGGACCUUAUGGGGCUCUCAAACGUUACAUUCUCAACUGUUACAUGAUUUGUCAUGCAAAAACACUAUCACUAUUCACACGACCCAGCCUGCCUUGCAUGACAACUUCUCGACGCGCUACAUAGCACUAUAAUCCGUCCCAAAUCUGUAAUGCAAAAGGCGCAAUCUUCCUCCUGUACUUUUGCCACUCUUGCAUUACAAAUUCAUGUAACAGUUGAGAAUGUAACGUUUGAGAACGCCAUAGACCUUGCGGAGACCUUGCAAGCAAUCGAACAGCAGUCAGCGGAGAUACUGUUCUCGGCGGAGACUUUGGGAAGGAAUCUGGGUUUUUCGACAAGUUUGCUGCCGACACUACAUUGGUAUGGCGUCCCCAACUGUUACAUUCUUAGCUGUUACGUGAUUUGUCACGCAGAAGCAGAACUACCAUGAAGAUGAAGAUCCACACGAGAAAGCUGCUUCGCAUUACAACUUUGCGAAGGGCUAAACAGCGCCUAAAUCUGUGCAGAACUUGUAAUGCUAGAGGUGCAACCUCCCCCCUUUCUCUUUUGCAAUUCUUGCAUCACAAAAUCCUGCAACAGCUGAGAAUGUAACAGUUGAGAGCACCAUAAUUGGUCCCCGAUGGUUCGGAGACCGGAGGACAAACGACGUAUGGAAGCUUCAGGAUUGAAAUCGCCAAAGUUGAGAUAAUUUCUCAUGCAUCAAUUGCAAGGCAUGGAAAAUUGGGCCUCCAAUUGGUGUCGAUUUUAUGCAUUGCAAAUCAUUUCAACUUUGUCGAUUUCAAUCCUGACACUCCCAUACGACGGCAAAGGACUUUAAAGUUUCGUUGCAGAAUACCACAAGUAUAAAAGUGUUUCACUUCUGGCGUAUUGAACGACUUUGCAAGGUCGCCUACAACACAAGUUAUUUGCGUUGGAUGAUAAAGAAAUCUGCCACGCGUCGAGCCUCUUUAUGGAGUGAAGGGCGGAUAAAAAUGAACGGUCUUGCAGCAUGUGUGCCAGACCACAAACACUUCCACGAUGCAUUUUCUGCAUCUUCUUAGAAAAUGCAGAAAAUGCAUCGUGGAUGAAGACUUCACAAUUUCACAGAGAACCACUUUUUUCUUGCGAUACAAACCUGUGCCAAAGCGUGCGAGUUCUACAAAUCGUCGACAGAUUCAGACUAUGCAUUGCAAACAUGUCUGGGUCAGAUGCAGGACAUGUGAUGCUUUCUGUCAGUCGCACAAAAAUGCGUCUUGCAGUCGGAGCGAAGGUUGCUCUUUUGUUAACACGCGAAUAGUUCGUUUCUGUAUAGGCAUUCAGUAGAGUCCUUCUCCUUCAGAAUUUUUAAUCGGUAUUUGUUGACAAUACGCAAUAGGUAUGCAGAGUCCUCUAGAAAACCGUGUAACUCUAUCGCAUUUUAUCAGUCUGCGCCUUCGGACCGUCUAGGUAAGGCAACAGCUGCAACACAAAGUCAGCUUCUUUCCAGACCCGGAUAUUUUUGUAUUUGAUGCCGAGAAGUCCUGCAGUGCUUUUGCCAUCCACAAGUCGGGUUUUAAAAGUAUGACACUCUUAGACGUUGCAUUGUUCUUUGCUAUUACAUAAUUUGCCAUCAUGCAGGAUUCGCGUCAGCCUCAGCCCUCACACCACAGGAGCAAGCUGCUUGCAUUUUGUCGUCGCCGAUCGACCUCGACUGGUGCUGGUGCGUUGCCAAGAAGCAAAGACGGCUUGUGUUUGUGGCGGUCUCACAAUACACCUCUGCCUCUGCGGAGUCCAUAGUGGGUCGAGAGGGAGGGGGCCGAAGCCUCAACCGGAGAGGGGCACUGGGUCAACAUCUAAAUGGGUAGCUCUCACGAGUCGCUGCCGGCCCGGCUUGGAUGUGUGGAGACAUGUUGCAAUGGAUUCUAGCAUCGCCUGCGUUUCUCUGUAUCUUCUUGCUUCUCCAGCUGUGUUCCUGCCUCAUCUUGGUCGGGUCCUCCAGUCUUCUUCGACGUGACCCCCAGGUCAAGAAUUCUCUUGGUGAAUUUUAAGGCUUUUUCUUUUUGCGAAACUUUUUUGAAAAUCCGGAGUUUCUCACGCGCUAGCGAAUUUUUAACAUGCGCCGCAGGCCUAAAUUCGCCGGCACUUUUUUCAAAAUUCACCCCAAAAUUCACCGGGCGCCCCUUUUCGACCGUGAUAAGCAAACGCUAGCGCAGAAAAGUGCUCAAAAAAGUGCGCAGGUAGGCACUGGGAAGUCGGGCCGAGGGGAAAAGACAUGCGCCCUCUGUUGCCCUCAGCCCGUCUAUAUUCUGCCGAAAAGGCCUGGAGAGUUCGCGCGCCUGCCGGAUAGACUCUCCUGCCAAAGCUCUCGGCCUGGUCCGCGCCUUCUUGCCUAAUUGCAUGCGCUUCGCAGCGCUUUUUUUUUGGCGUCUUACUUUGCCGCGGCUGCUGCAGUGCUUUUAUGCGAGCACAGGGAGACGAAUAGACAUGGCCAAAUAACGGCACCCAGGCCAUGUCUUCUAGAAGCUGCCCGCCGCAUCAGCCUUGACUUCUGCGGUGUGCAGUAGAACCCAUUUCCCAGAAAGACAAGAAGGACAACGUCCUGGCGGACUCAUCUGCAAUUUGCCAUGCAAAAUUUAGAGUAGGCGUGGCCCUGUGGGGUUAAAUUCCGGUCGGUUGGUUGGUGGGUUGGUCGGUUAUGGAAGUGACACUUUGAGCCGAAUUUUUGAUAUCUGGACACACUGACUUUGGUUGCGGAUGCCGGAUGUGUUGCAGCUUCUGUUCGACCUGUGUACCUUUCGCCGGGUGGGUUGGUCGGUUGGUUAUGGACAUGUGACGUGGAAGUGGAACCGAGUUCGAGAAUUCGGGAAACGGACCCGCUAGUAUCGGACGGCUCCGGCGGCUGACACCAGUUGCGCGCAUUCGGCCCGACGCAAGUGCAGCUGUACUUGAAGGGGAUUUUUUGGGAAAUGGAACACGCGCUGUGCAAUGAGGAUGAUGAGGGGACUGAAAUAGGCAUUCUACGGGGUGCUAACAACAUGUCGGUCUACGUACGUUCGCACCUACCAACCUACCUACCUACCCAUUGAAGUACGGAAGUGCUUUUGUUGGGGAAUCACAACAAAAAACUCGCGCACCUGGUCCACUCAGGCUUUUCGGUAGGUCGGUCGGUCGGUGGUCCUUAGUGGUAGCACUGCCUCGUCUGUGGUGGCAGGUGACGUUCAUGCACCGGCCGACACGGUAGAAGCGUGGCGCCAGAAAACCUACCGACCCACCCUUCCGUGCACUUCUUGACGCGAGGACCGGACGGGAGGACGCAUAGGCUAGGAGUGCGAGUAAGAAGCGGGCCGCUCGAUCUUGUGUAGGAACUGCUCAGAGACCGUGAUAUCUGGCAUAGCUAGCUGAAAACGCAGCCGGCGAAGAGCGCCCCUAGCUGAAAAUGCCCGCGAGGAGCAUCCCCAGCUGGAUUUCCACCUGGGGACCCAGCUGAAAACUCUGGCGCAGAGCAUACUACCCCGGGUCUCCUCCCGGUCCCGCUGGAACUGGAUGAAACUCUGCAUAUACUUCCUGACCCUAUAUUUGCCUUACUAAGCCGUGCCGUCGCCGAGCCAGCGGCACAGUGUCGAGCAGCACCUGAGACGCAACCAGCUGUGCUUCGCCCACGCUUCCCAUGGGUGCGGGCACGAAUCUACGGCGGCUUUAGUGGGGUCGUUUUCCCCACCCCUAGACGUACGCGCAGUCGGGCGCUGCUGCUCCUGCUACUAGACGCGACUCCAGUCAGGGCUGCGGAGGAUCCCCACCCUUUUCUGCGGACGUUCCGGGCUGUCGCGCGCUUCCUACUCGCGCGUGCAGUGGCGCGACCUCUGCCCGCCGGGAACAUCGCGACACAGGCUACGCUACCUGCCCGAAACUAAUUGAACCCCACCCCGGAACUCUGUGAACCCUACUCCUUCUCACGCAAGUUUGCGCUGUGACGCCGAGCGGGCGAAACUUUUCGAAUCUCGUCGCUUUACUACGCUGCGAGCCCCACCGCACCCCUGGCCAGGCAGGCGGGUGGGUGGGUCGGUUGGCAGGCCGGGCCAGGCCACCAGGCAGCGCGCGGCCGGGCGGGCAGCCACCCCCGGCAGGGCAGGUGGGUGGGUUGGUAGGUCGGCAGGCGCGGCCAACAGGCAACCAACACACGCCCACCCCGACCCAGGCAGGUGGGCGGGUGGGUUCGUCGGCAGGCGUGGCCACCAGGCAACGCGCACGCACCCCCGCCGAGGCGGGUACGUAGGAGGGUGGGUCGGUGGGGAGGUCGUCAGCAGGCCGGCGUGGCCACCGGGUGGCGCGCGCUGACCCCUGCCAAGGAAGGUGGGUGGGUAGGUCGGCACGCGUGGCCAGCAGGCGGCACCUGCAUGCUCAAGCGUGCCAAUGCAGGUGGGUCGGCAAGUCGGUAGGCGGGGCCAACGUAUGCGCACCCGUGCCGAGGCAGGUGGGUGGGAGGGGUCGGCAGGCGUGGCCGAUAGGCCACGCACGCUCGUCCCACCCACCAACCAGGCAGGUGGGUGGGUAGGUCGGUAGGCGUGGUCAGUAGGCAGCGCACGCUCGCGCCACCCACCCACCAGCGAGGCGGGUGGGUAGGUCGGUAGGCGUGGCCAAUAGGCAGCGCACGCUCGCUCCACCCGCCCGCCAGGCAGGUGGGUGGGUGGGAGGGUAGGUCGUUGAGCGUGGCCAUUAGGCAGCGCACGCUCGCCCAACCCACCCACCUGCCUGGUGGGUGGGUAGGCCGGUAGGCGUGGCCAAUAGGCAGCGCACGCUCGCCCUGCUCACCCACCAGGCUGGUGGGUCGGUAGGUCGGUAGACGUGGCCAAUGGGCAGCGCACGCUCGACCCGCCCACCCACCAGGCUGGUGGGUCGGUUGGUAGGUCGGUAGACGUGGCCAAUAGGCAGCGCACGCUCGCCCCACCCACCAGCGAGGUGGGUGGGUAGGUCGGUAGGCGUGGCCACCGGUCUCCUCUGGGUGGAGCGGGAUAGGUGGGUAGGUGGGUCGGUGCGAUCACGGUAGUGCAACGAAUCGAAAAGACGCCAGGUAGGUGGGUAGGUCGGCAGCUUCAACAGUAAUAGUGGAUGAAUGUCAGUAGAAAAACACAAAACACAACGCAGCGGAUUCGGCUCAAAGUGUCACUUCCAUAACCGACCAACCCACCAACCAACCGACCGGAAUUUAACCCCACAGGGCCACGCCUAUUGAAAAUUUACCACAAAUUCGCCACUUCUCAUGCUAACGGGUGUUAAAGCUCUAACUACAAGCUCUUGUCGUCGCCCUCGAUCGACGCGCUUUAUUAGGUAGCGUGCAUGUCUUAUCGAAAGAAAAUAAAAGUGUUACAGCUACACAUUGUGUUGCAAGACCGGCAACACAGACAACCGCUCUCAUGCAGGAAAUGUUUGGGAGCCUCGUUUCCUUCCUGUUUUCCCUUGUUAUGAUCUUCGCAUUACAAGGUUUCUGUGCCACACAGAGAAAAUUUGUGAUGCAGAAACUCCAACAAAUGCGUAACUGUAAAACACUUUUUUCUCGUGAUAUGUCUGCCCAAAAAAUACAGAGUGCUUCCCUUUUCUUUCAGAGACGGCCUACUUCUCUUAUUCUUGCGACGCAAAUUCAUGUAAUAGCUGCCAAUGUAACGCUCGAGAACUCCAUGAAAAAUGGCGAUAUGCUGGAGCGGGAUGUUUCUUCGUUAUCGGCAGUGGACAGCGAUAACUGCGACUAUCCUAAAAAAAAGCGCGCCUGUUGUUUGUGUGGCGCAAAGAACUUGCUUGUGUUAAUCCAGAAGAGGUGCGGGGGGGAAGACCUGUCAUGCAAAAUGGCGACUGUCACGAGACGAAAUAUGGGACAGUCACAGUUGUGAUUAGAGAAGUAUGAUCAAGUAGAUUCGUAAUGAGGAACAAAGAUCGACAGAUACAAAAGCAUAACUUUUGUCUUGUGAAAAGCGGAACUUUCGUCACGAGUUUUUUCAUCUUGUCGUCUGGCGCGAGAGGGUGCUUUUUUGUAGGAUAGUGACGAGAGGUACGCCUACAGUGGCUUCGGCGUACACUACAGGGGGUGUCUAUCAGAGUCUCUCGUUGGAAAUCGACAAAAUCAUGGAAAUAAUUUGUAGUGCAAAAAAUCGACUUUCUCUUGCGCAGCUUGGCCCCCCUUGGCCCACUAGUGGUAGGGGACCUGUGACAAAUUUUGGAAGUCUUUCGAUCCAGUAUGUUCUCCCGUGUAGGGCACAAAGGGGCUCCUUUAUCGUGCUCCUUCGUUUGCAUCAGCAUCUGUAUCGCUAUUCAUAAACAGGCACACAGUUGCCUCAUUUGUCUUCUCUGCGAGACAACGCAAGCCCUGCGCGGUUCGCAUUUUGUGCGUCCCAAGUGCCCACUUCCACAUCGUCGCUUUCCGAUCUGAAACUUUCACAGUGCCAGGAUUUCGCAGAUACUGGUGUAGAUGACACCAGCGGAGAGAUCACACGACAGCAGUGUGAUUAUUGGAGCGCACAUACCACUUACGUCGCGACCCCAUUCAAUGGGCUCGACAAAUUUCGAUCGAUUGAGGAAGGCGCCGUCCCUACAGGCAUAUAACAGGCUCAGAUGUCGAAUUCAACAGCUUUCGAAAAUUUUUUUCUCUAUCGAGAGCGCCUUCAAAAACUAUCUAUUUUUGUACACGCAUCCGCAAGGCCGCAGCCGGACUCUGAGCUAGCUAGUCUCAAGCUCAUUAGUAGCUAUUUGUAAUGUAACUAUGUAGGCCCUUUCGGUAGCAAAUAAAGAUAAACAUUUUUUUUCAAAAUUCAUUGAAUUCGACAUCUGGGCCUGUUAUAAGACAAGGAUCAUAAUUACUGCCGUAGCCUGGGUAAAAACGUCCCUUCCUCAUAGUGAAAAUGAGAACGCCCCAAGAAACAUCCAGAACUUUCGGAAGGGCUCAUGCGCCGCGAACUUGGCUGAGCAGUGUGGUCGUGCUACCUAACUCCUGGCCAGACGCCUCUUCACAUCAAAAUCCGCUCUAUUCUUGUUCUGACGAGCGCAUGACAGGUUUCCAAACUACCCACCGCCAGGAAAUGUGAAUGCUUCUCAUACGGGGCCGCCUGAGAGACGUCAUGGGCAGCGGAAUUAAUAUACGUAACAAGUGUACUUCUGGGGUGGGGGCUCUUUGACUCAGAAUAUGCUGCAAUCCGGAUCCGGGAACGGAACACGAGAAGAUCUGGUGUUUUAUCACAUUGAAAAGCGUCGCCCCUUUUUUGGUCCAUUGCGUGCUGGUCUAUCGCGGCGUCGGCCUUUUGUCAUGUUCACCAAGCCCCCCCCGAUGAAGUUCCGCAAUUAGCAGAAAAGCUUGAGUGCUCGGCCGCUUUGUGUCGUUUUGGUGCAUUGCGACGCUCGUUCGGAACUCAAGAAAGAGCACGAGGCAAGGGAGAAAUACAUUGCCGAGAUAGUAAGACGAAGACGCGCACAGUUGGUGUUGCUGGGGCUGUUUCCGUUAUUAGUUUUGUUGUAGGCCGUCGCCAAAGGCGGCCAAGCUGCCCACUUUCCGGCGGUGUGCACCAGGGUGUUUGCUCCGCUCAAGGCACAGACCGGGCGUAGCCGAUUAACGCGACAGCCCUGCAGUAGGGCUUCUGUUGUUUUCCCGUUGUGGCGCCGCGCCCGAGCAAAUGGCUGCCCCGGAGCACGCACAAGGGCGCUACUUUUCUUCUUUCUGAUUGCCCUGCUUGCCCGUAUCUCAGUGUCUUUGGCGGCCCGCUUCCACUUCGGCGCCCAUUUCGAUGGUUCCGGCGUCUUUUUGCGGCACAUAAUUGCUAAACUUGGGCCCGUGUAGGCGAUUUUAAGCCACAGGCCGGCGCUUGUCUUGCAAACCGGCAUAGGGGAGGCUCAGUGCGAGAGAGCAAGGCGCGGCGCGCCGCCUUUGCUAUUCGUCUUGUGCUUUCUUCACUAGUGGAGCCUGGUGUUCGCGUGCGCGUCCAGGCUGCAAACCUUUCGAAUGAGGAAGAACGCGCCGCACUCCUCGGGUGUCCUUUGUCUUUGUUUUUUUCGGGCGCGCCCGUGCAUGUGCCCCAAACUCAACGCAUUGCGUUCGUAGAUGAACAGAGCUCGAAAAGAACGUUCGCAAUGUUGUUGCCCUUGCGAAUGGCAGCAGCACAGAUCUCCGAAGCAGCAGAGCAUCAUCUGUGCUGGAAAAAGGCCAAGCAACAGCCGCGGGCCUUGCCAUGUAAAAAGAUACCACGUCGCACGUUGACAGUGGCAAUCCCGGUGAGGGGAGCGCCUAGCAUUUUCGUGCAGGACAGAAGGUCUCCCUUUCCUCCUGGCAAUUUUGGAUGAUACACAUUUCGCACGUCGGGGAACGGGGCACUUUUCAAAGUGAUGCGCUACUACACGGUAUGAACGUGCAAAAUGCAAAAGGGGUCAACCUAAACAGAGAAGUUUUUUUGCUGUUUGGGCAAAAAAACUUUUCAUUUUCAGCCGUAUUUGCUCGCGCCAGGUGCCCCUUCACCGCGCAAUAUUGAAUGCUGCGAACGUAUUAAGGUGCCCAAAAACGAAUCUGGCUGCCGCGCUCUAUCUAGGUUGUCGCAGGCUUUAGCUUUGCGCGGUGCUGCAGUUGAAGCGCUCCUAGAAGGUGUCUCAACAGGUGGCGCGCGAACCUAUAUAACGGCGCAACUGCUUGGGCGGUUGAGGUGACACACCUCCGCCGAGGCGCGCCAACUGUGUUUCUCAAGGAGCUGGCAGCUGGAGGCGCGCCAGCGUUUGCGUUUGCUAACACUCGAAAAUCCUCUGCGCAGAGACCGCGCCGCCCAGUCUGCCGCAAAACAACUCCAGAAAGCGCCCGCGCGAAGUUGCUCCUUGAGAGUGUCCAGGAUCAUCUCCGGACGCAAUACAGGCCGCAUCCGCAUGUGGGAGGGCGCUUAGCCUGGACAGGGGCUCACGCCGAUCACGGAGCUUGCGCGACACAUUGGAGCCGACAUUUCUCGUCUCCUUUCCUUCUUCGCCGAAUGCCGCUCGAUGAGAAGAAACUUCUGACUUUGGGGAUUUUUUUGCCGGAUUUUGCCAAAACUUCGCCAAAAACCCGGACUUUGCCGAAGUUUUGGCAAAAUCCGGCAAAAAAAUCGCCAAAGUGAGAAGAUUCUUCUCAUUGAGCGGCAUUCGGCGAACGGGGAAGGGAGAGGUGAGACCUCUGCUACAUUGUGCCGGGCAAGCUCCGGGAUGUCCGAACCCCGGGCCAGGAUUAACCCUUUUCCGCAUGUGGAUGCACUCUGGCUCGCGUCCGAGAAUAGCUCUGGACAUUUCCCCGGCAACCCGCGGAGCAACUCCGCAAGGGAGCUCGCUGGAGUUGCUUUGCGGUAGAUUGGGUUGGCCGGUCUCUGCGAGAGGGCGCUUCGAAAAUCAGAUCAGGAGGCUGAUGCAACUGCAGCGGCCAUCACGCUUGACUUGCUUGAGAGGCACAGCUGGCGCGCCACGAGUGAGAUGCGUCAUCCCAACCGCCCAGCGAGUUGCGUCUUUAAGUUGCCGCACCACACGCAGAUGCGCGCUGCGGGAUCGCGCCAGCUGUGGCACUGCGCAAGGCCUGCGACCACCUCUAACACGACAAUCAGUCUUGUUUUUGCGCAACCUAACACGCGCAACUCGAUCCACUAUCGCGCGGAGAAGGGGCAGCUGGUGCCGGCAAAUACGCCCGAAAAUGAAAAGUUUUUUUGCCCAAACAACGAAAAAACUUCUCUGUUUAGGUUGACCCCUUUUGCAUUUUGCACGUUCAUACUACACGGACGGCGGAGUCACUAAGCAGGGAGAUUGUAGACCGAAACCUUCUGGUGCUGAGUGCUGCACGCUAUUUCGCAAGGACGCAUGCGACAUUUUUGAGGGCGGGAGCGCGAUGAGGUUGCCGACAGCACCCGACCAAAUGUUGUUUGAAAUGGGUUCGGGAUUUCCAAUCGGAAUGGCUCUCGAUGCCCUGUACUACCGGCAAGGGGCGAAAGAGUUGCAGGAUGUUCCCUGGCAAAUGAUGUACGAGCACGUGCGACACACAGUGCAUUGGACACCGUACGGCCCGGAGCAUCCGGCCGGACCUCCGAGAACCGGCCCCGCCGAACUGCCCGCAGUCGACCCCGACAACGGGUUUCUCAGACUGCAGCCCCCGGACCCGGAAGUGGUAUUUCCUCAGUGGGGACCCCAUCCCGAGGCGCUCAACAGCGGGGGUGGUUACAACUACUCGGAUGUGGGAGACGACGUGCUGCAUAACCUACUUGAAGAUCGUAUCACCGACGCAGACCACAGAACUGGAAAGAGUGCGCACGAAGCCUGGCCGCCCUGGAAUAAGUGCCGGAGGCGCUCCGGCAACAACCUAGGCGUUAUGGAGCUUGUGGGCCCCGCUAACGCGAACCCAAUCAUACGAUACGCGGCCGAUGGAAAAGCGGGAAAAAAAGUCGGAACCGACAACACCAAAACGGGGUUUGUGCAAAAGGACGAAAAAGCGUACGAAUGGAGCAGCAGAACACAGACCACGUAUAAUGGGGCGACCAUACACAUGCACCAGCAGGUAGAGAUCCGGGGCUCUCUCAUCCGCCAAAGAUUAGACAACGUGGCAAUGUCGAAGGGCCUCAACGACGACCAUAUUGAGCGCGAUGAUUACGGCGAUGUGGUUUCCAAGGUAGACGAAAUAGACCGGAGGAUCGCGUACUGGCACAAAGACCGGCGCAGAACCUUUGCCUUUCGCCGCCGGGAGUACGGCUGUGAAUUUUGCGUGCGUGCGUGCGUGCGAUUUUAUGCGUCUUGCGGUUGUGCGCGCGCGACGAUCUCCUUUCUACGCGUGCACGCUCACACGCGCAUGGGUCAGUAUUCGGGGAAGGAGUAAAUGUGCGUGCGCUGCACGAAAUGCACAAAAUCGCGAGCAAGCACGCGCGCAACGCUUACAUGUGUACAUGUGUACAAGUAAUCCGUCGCAAUUAGGUUGGUCUGGCAACCCAACUCGCCGUCGCGAUUCGAUAGACAUAGGAACUGACGCGUACACUCGCCGGCGGCGUUACUGGUGGGGGGAGGGCGAUUGGAGUUACGACACUUGGUAUCGCAAGACGAAACUGCUUCACUCAUUUGAAUGGUAAAUGCAACAGGAAAGCGCGUGGCCUGCUCGCGCGUUUUCUUCCUGGAGGAUGUGUCCGUGGCAAGAUUUCAAUUUCAUUAGUAGUGGAAGAAGUCCCCAGACCCCAGUCCCAGAGUAGAAAGAUUUCAUUUAGUGGAUGUCAUGUCCCCAGAGUAGAGGAACAAGUCCGGAAGACGCAUGCUGGAAGCGUUAAACCGCGGUGGAAGGGACGAAGAGCAGGCUCUUGACUUUCGCACUUCCUCAGAACAAGAGCCGCUCCUAUGAGUCUUUAUUUUUAUGCAUGUUUUAUACGCUGUUCUACUUUUAAAAAAGAAAACUUUUUGGGUUCCAAUCCCAAGUAGAAGAAAAAUGAAAAAAACGGGAAUACAUAAUUUCUUUCGUCGAUUGGUCGACGGAUGGGCAGACCGUUUUGGGUGUUGUUGCAGCCGACAGUCGGGUGACUAUCUUCUGGCGCCACAGCUGCUCCUCUACAUGACGCCGCUCCGACGAGCUCUGCGCAAUUGUCUGAGGAAUUUCGUGUGAACAUUCUCGAACAGAAAAAAAAAGCCGGACACCAAAACAGAAAAAGCGCGCGCGAAAAGAAAGAACAAAAACAGAAAAAGCGCGCGCGCCGGCUGGCGCGCGGCCAAUUUUUUUUGCUCACACGGAAAAAUCGCAAGCCCAAAAAUUCCGCAGUAGCACCUGCGCAAAAUAAAUUUUGAAAAUUCCGAGCGAGCGAAAAAAAUUCCUGAAAACGCAAAGGGUUUUUGUUUGAAAACGCAGCGCGCUUUUGUUCAUUUUCUUAUUUUAAGAUUUUCCGGGCGAAAAAAAAAAGAAAAACAAAACAAAAACGGGGGCGCAGCAGCGCAAAGGGAAAUCACAGUGGAAAUUGCAAUCCAGCCGCGGGCCAAGGUGUUUUUCGGAAUUUUUAAAAUUCAUAAAAUUUUGCUGCGGAAGUUUGAGAAGUUUUUCGGAAUUUUGAGCUUCCGCUUCCAGAAUUCGCGCUCUGGCACCCGGGCCGGAAUUCGAAAGGCCGCCCGCCCGACCUCGUUUUCCUCGCCCACCCUGCCCAAAAGGGGCCGCUGCCUCGGUUUUUUUCUCAUUCGGUCUAUGCGAUAUCAGGGGCUGAAGCUUUGCGUCCGCCCAGCCCGGUGAUGUUGCAUUGGCGGGCCUUGCAGUGACAGAAACGCACGCCCUACCCCGCAUAUCGACGGCGGACAGCGACGCCAGACUCUUCGCUGCUGCGGCGCCUUGCUUCGAAAGGAAACGAAAAAAUAGCCUUUCGCUUUUAUUUUCGAGAAUUUUGCGCUGACUUGGGAAGUGGAGCCAGAAGCCUCUUGAGACAAAUACUUACUCCCAGCGUCGUCAUAUACCUAUGGAGCACAGGACUUGGGAGUGAUAUGAUGCAAGCCUUCCACGCAAGUUCGUUACAGUGCGUGAAGUAGCAGCUUUUUUGGGCGAUAGUUGGGGAAAGGACCACACUGGGGCGGGAUGGGCCCCACUAAACUCCCCCCCGGAGUCCGAUCAUAAGUUUUCAGUUGAUGACUCGGAAGGUAAUUGGAUCGCAGCUGCAACGUGCUCUCACUCGGAGUGGGAAGAGCGGGGCUACACUGCGCACGUGUACGAGUUCGUUCCUCCCGUGCCGAUAUAUGGCAUGAGAAUUCACAACCGUGGGGAUUGUUGUCAGGAGCGCUUGAAUUAUGCAAAGGUUUACGUCCAGCUAGAUUCCGUGAAUAUAGGAGGUUAUGAUAAUGUUGCAGACGAGUAUGUCGGCGGCAACGCGAACCGUGGCAGGAACCGAGACGAAUUAUCCACUGCAAAAUUAUCGCACUCGUUAAAUGCAAGUCUUGUGACGUUACAAAUCUUUUCCCAAAGGAAAAUCAGCGUUACAAAAUUAAUGUUCUCAUGCUGAGGACAUUUUUCAUGCAACCUACAAUAGUGCGUUACUUUUGCAGUUCAUACAGAUUCGUGGUGGACGAUAGAUACCAGCAAAACGUACCGGACUCUCGGAAGCACCUAUCCGACAUGACUGUCGACGGCGAAGGGUAUGCAAGCGCCAAGCUCGGAAUCAACAAAGUUGGCACGAUUUUCCCUGCAUAAAACCGACACCAUUUUUCGGGCCCGCAAUUUCUAUGGCGCGCAUGACACAUUCUGGCAGCAUCUAAAUCCGAUUUGUCGCACUAUUUGGGAAAAAGAACGCUGCUUGCGUCAUGAUGCUCCUCUAGUAUGGCUGUCUUUUUCACGACCACAAAGAGAUUUACAACCAGCCUCCCCUCCUCUCCAUGAAAGACAGGCACUUUGUGCCAGCAUGGUCCCGCUUUUAUGUCAUUGUAUUUGUCAGCUAUUUCUCCAACUUUGCCGAUUUCGUCAAGCCUGACGCUUUCAUAAAGGAGGUCGCGAAGAUAUUGGCGCGGUCCCCGCAAGUGGUGUCGUGGUGCUCUUCAAUUUGAAACGACAGGAGCGCAUCUAUGAAUUGCAAAUAUUUAUUCAGGGUCUGGAACAUAGAUAAUUGCAACGUCUGAGGACACUAAAUCUACAUCUAGCGGACAGAAAGCUUUGCGCUGCGUGAACAGCAAGACUUGUCCAAUUUUUGUCACAUGAAGAACGGACCGCACAUGCGGGAUAAGCAUGGAGAAGUAUUGGCAUCAAAACAGGCGACACAUAAUUUUCUAUUCCAGACGAGACCUCCUCCUCCACCUCGAGUGGUGGCAUGAAGAAGGUGCGUGACGAGUUUCCUCGAUCCAUCGCGCCCCUCUGGCAUUGUGUUGCGCCGACUCCAGCGGACCUCGCUCUAUGGAGGGCGGAAUCUGCGUCGGCGACGCACGUCAUCCGACCAGCCCACCAAAGCUCGGCAUUGUUCCAGACCCAGACAAAUCUGCAACGCAUAGCAUCCGCCGGAUUUAUAUUGUUCCCCCCCACAGGCAGCAAUACAUAACCAUCUGUGGCCUCCAGUUCUUCCGUAUGGAAAUAUCAGGCUCGAUAAAAUCUGCAAGAAAUAUUAGGCGAGAACGUCGAUGGCUUUGCACGAAAUUAUGCGACGCGCAGAAUGUUGCUCGCGUUGCAUGAGGGGGAACUGAGGCACUAUGAUUGUAAGCCUGACGAGGCUCAUAUUAGGACUUCCGAUUGCGCGCGAUACAAUGGGCAAAAUGCAAAACGGGAGCGGGACACGAGAAAAUCCAAGAAUUCUUGCGAUGUCCCGGCCUUUUUUCCCUUCUGGCCAUUUCUUGGCCAGAUCGGGCGAAAGCGCUGCCUUUUUGGACAAGAAUUGGCCAGAUGGGGAAAAAAACGACCGCGACACCACGCCAAUGUCUGGGUUUUUUCGUGCCCCGUCUUGCAUUUUGUCUGUUCAUAACGCGCGAGCUAGCAUGAAGAGCGCGCUCUUUUGCGCACUGAACAGCGUGACCGCGCUCCUUCGGAAAAAGCCUUAGGGGCCCAACCGACGUCCAAUUGAUGCGUCCCAAGUUCUUUCCUCUUUGUUGAUUUUCAGCCUGGCGCUUCCAUAUUCCGCUGGACAUCCGUCGUGGAGGAAAUUGAUCCGAGUGUUUGGCUAUCCUGUGCAAAACAAGUAGCGCUCUGUCGCGAAAACUAAAUUGCAAAUGUGGUCAUGAUUCUGUGCGACAUCUUAACUUAUAGAACAGGAAAGAUAUGCUUUGCAAUGGAUUACUUCCAAUAAUUUCGACUGCUAAGGCGAACGCGCCGAAUAGAAUGUACUAAAUUUAUUAAAGAGCUCAAGUACCGGGAGCGUGAUGCUUGUAAUAUUGCAAUGCAUAUCGGCAAGCAAGCGAGUUUCCGACAGCGGACGAUCAGGAUCAGUACGGUAUUGUCGGUAUCGCACAGAAAAAAGCUGGAGUGUCACAGCUUCUGGCAUUAUGCAAAAACCUAUCCGCAGACAGAGUACGCGCAGCAGAGUGGCAUGCUCCGAUUGCAGGUGUAGGUGACAAAGUUACUUUCUGUGCAAAUUGUCACUAUGGCAUGCCGGCUUUUUUCUCUGGAAUAGUCGGGCGCGAGGGUGGGUCCGGAUACACGCAGAAUCGUCGGCGUGCGGGGGAAAUCCAAUGGCGUGGGAGGGUAGGGCUCCCACUCUUCUACGCACGGGGGCAGUCGACCAGGUGGCCAAAUUACUGCUCCCACACCGAGCACAUCUGGCAAGUCUGUCACAAAGGAUGGGCAAAGGGCGAAAGGGACGGCGAAUACCUGCACGCGGAGUUUGAAGGGCACCAUGGGGGGCGAUGUCUCGCUUGUGGUAUGCGUCGCAAAUAUGUCAGCUGCUGGGUCUCAAAGUAUAGUAUACAAGCUUGUGGCGCGCGUUUUAGAUCACACAAAACUCUCCACCGAUGACUAGCGCAGGGCCCUCCCUGUCGGUACUCAGUGUUCUGAUGAUGAUUAUGUUAUGAUGAUGAUGAUGAUGAUGGAAGGACAGCAAAAGUUGCCCUCUUCUUGAUGUCACCAAAAGGGUCGAUUCAUAUUCUAGAUUUUUAGGCACUUCCCGGACAAUGCCAACCUCUCGGGACGUGGGGUGCUGCAUUCAUCCAUAAGACUCCGACAUAUUUGCAGUCGAUAUUUGGCACAGAGAAAGGCACUGGUCGCCGCCGAGGUAUGGCGUUCUCAAUUGUUACAUUCUCAGCUGUUACAUGAAUUUGCGAUGCAAGAAUUGCAAAAGUGAAAGGGGGGAGGUUGCACCUCUAGCAUUACAAGUUCUGCACAGAUUUAGGUGCUGUUGAGCUCUCGCAAAUUUGUCAUGCGAAGCAGCUUCCUCGUGUGGAUCUUGAUGGUAGUUCUGCAUGACAAAUUCAUGUAACAGUUGAGAAUGUAACAGCUGAGAACGCCAUACGAGGGUCGCUCGCCUUCGGAAGUGAGGGCGAGUCGAUAGAUGAUGAGAGCUAUAGCACUUUUCCUUCCGUGCGCUAUCGAGAAAACGUGUGGGAUAAUGGUGACGAGGGGCCAGGGCUUUGCGAAAGUUCCAGGUACGAUUUGGGACAAAAAGCAUUUUUGAAACCAAAGAAGCUAGGCGACGCGAGUUUUUACGCUGGUUUUGAUGGAGGCCGCGAAACCUUUUACACCGCCGCCGCAAAAAUGCUUCCUGAAGCACAAAGCGUUAACCAAACCGGAGCGGCUGCAGGGACGCAGUACAUGAACGUGUGGACGCGAGCGUCCUGGUGGAAGCUAUGAAGUGAAGCGCCCCAGUGCUGCUGCUGCUCGGUGGAAGUGUGACAGAAGUAGAAGCCGACCCUUUUCAAGCAGACUACUUGCAUGUGCGCAGGUUCAGCUUGCGCCAUGCAAAUCUGAUGCACCAGCAGAGUAAUCCACUGUUGGGACGAAAUUGUUACUGUUGCGUGUAGUUGUCGUUGAUUUUGCACUAUGUGUGAUUCAUGACGCAGACGCAUUUUUCGCCACGGACGGUCACGAAAGAACAAAGUAUAAAUCUUUGUAUAAAUAGAUCCGACCAAAAAUGUAAAAUCAUCUGCCAGCUGCAGCACUGACACCGACCACCGCGGCGCACUCUUUCAUAGAAGCGAAGAGCGUGGUGGCAGGUGACUCUGACGCCGGACGCACUCGUAUGGAGGUGCCUGGUGGGAAAUGGUCGAAGUGGCGUGCUGGAUUGAUAGAGAUUGAGACUCGCAGUCGCAACUGAGUUGGUUGCAUUGCACAAAAGCCCAGCGUGGGCUUCAGCCUCCACUUCAGGAGCAAUGUACGACGCAGGCCUGCGUCGCAAAAGGAAACGAAUGCUGGCCAUUGUGCAUCUGAACUCGAGGAGGGCCGCUUUAGCGUUACUCGAUGACUUCGACGUAGUAUCAUUAUAAUUCUGCAUCAUAUAAUUGCCUUUCGCUUCGCGAAAUGUGCGAAGUGAGUGCCUUUCUGUCUGUGCUCGAAAUAAAGUGCUACAUAUUCCCUGACCCUGACUGCAAACUCUGGAUGUGCAUAUCUAUGUAUGUACCACUGAGGUUGGCUGCGCAUAUCUCUGUUGCAGGGGGCUGGCCAGUAAAUUUACAGUAUGUGUACGCGGCAGCCUCCGUAUGUGCUUUGAGCUUGUUGGCCUUGCUGGCGCCGUAUGAUUCUGCACUCCUUGUUGGAUAACAUACAAGGAGACAAAUCGUGUCGUGCGAGGUUUUGAGAACUAGAGAAAAAAGGGGGAGGGGAGAAGGGGGGGGAAGACCGAAAAAGAAGAAAGGGGCGGGGGGGAGGGAAGUAAGCCGCCCGAUAGGGCGCGAAGGAAGGCAGCGAACGAUGGAGAGAGGGACCGCAGCGCCACCUCCCUGGGCGGGGUGAAAAUACAGAAACGCGCGCAGGAAGAAAACGAAAGCCAAGAGCGGCGCCGCCUCCCGGGGCGGGGUGAAAACACAGGAACGAGCGCGAAGACGAUGAAAAGAGCGAGAUCGGCGCCGCCUUCCUGGGCGGGGUAAAAAUACAGGCGCGGCCGCGACGUAUCUCGGAAAAAGGAGCCGAAGAAAGCACGGCGCGAGGCCGAAGACCCGCGAAAACGAAGACGAAAGCGGCCGAAGGGCCGCAGAUGCCGACGCCGCCGAGGUCGCCCGGCGAGGUGUGUGGCGGAUUCUCUUCGGAGAAGACGCGCGCGCCCCCGAGGUGACCCGCGGAGCGAAGGCCGGGGCGCAGCAAGGGCGACGCGCGCAGACUUCGUGCCCGCGAGGCUGCCCCGGUGUAGCGCUUCGCGCGCUCCCGGGGGCGGCCCGCUGUGGCGCGGAGAAACAAAACGAAGACCCUAACCCACCGCCCCGCCCGCGCGGCCAGCUCGUGAGGAUUCGCCCCACCGUAGCGGCCCGCCGAGGCUCAGGCAGCCAGCCCCUGGCAAAUUCGGGUCACUAAAAUCAGCAUUAAAGAGCACUAAUAUAAAAGCCGGAGCGGGUUUUGUUUCGUCGGUUUCGUGGCCUGCCUGUUCCGGGCCCCUUUUUGUCGCUUUCCCGUACGUGGCCCCCGGUGUCGAGGAAGGGAGGGCCGAGCGCCGCCGGUUUUGCGUUUUUGUGCCCCCACGGCCCCGGGGUGUUGUGUUUGAGUUUUUGCCCGCCUCGCAGGCGUACGCGCGCCGCGUGUCUUUUCUCUUUCCAGUUCCCGGGUUGUUUUCGCCGGGUUCUAUCUGGAUGGCAGGUGGGCCGGUGGGGUCUUCGGCCGGCCGAUGUGGUUUCGCCGUGUUCGGGAAGGGGCGACUCGCGGCGCUGGUGGCUUUGGUGUUUCAGCAGGUUUUGCCCCAGCCGGCAUUGGCGCCGUCCCGCGCCCGGGGUUUUUUCGGAGGGGCGCCACCGUUUGUUGCGGGCCGACAGGGAGAGGCAGUUGUUGCGCGGGGCUGCUGGGUUUGCAAUAAACCCAGCAGUAACCUUCGCAAUAACCGCUGCAAUAACCUUUGCAUUAAAAAUGCAAUAAAAUGUGCUUUAAUUUGUUUUCAUUGAAAUCCUUAGGGAUUUCAGUGUGUAACAAAUUAAAGCAAAUUUUAAUGCAAAUAUUGAACAAAAACUAAACUUAAUUGAAAACAUAAACUACGCCGAUUUUAAAGCAACUCAACGGGGAAUCAUGGCGAGGGCAGGGGGGGGGGCGUCACCUCCGCUUCGCGGGGGGUGUGUGUGGCGCGAUUAUUUCGGCAGGCAAAAACCGGGAUCCGCAGGCGUGGAAGUAGCAAACCCGAGAAGGAGGGGUGGCGGCCUGUUUUUUCUUUGUUUGUGGUUGGCCGGUUGCCUCGCGUUAUUUUCGCGUAGGGCAGCGCCUCGCGUGCCGCCUUUGCCCGGUGGGGCCGUUUGGUGAUUCACCUCCCAGCCGGGGAGUAGCGUGAGCCUUUCCUUUUUCUCCCUGCCUGUAGGGCCGGGCUGCUUUGGGGCUUUGCUGGGUUCUGUGUGGUGGGUUUCCCUGGGUCUUUCGGCAGCAUGGGCCCUGGCCAUUUUAAUGCGCCAUCUUUGUCCGCCUUCUUUGGCUUUAGGGUUUCGCGUUUGCCCCUGGUGUUGUCGUUCAGGGCUUCGCGUUUUCGGAUUAGUGCCUUUUAACUCGCAUUUAAAACCCGCCCGCUUGCCCGGGGCCGGCAGACUGACGAGGCAGGGGAGCAACCGACCCGGGGCGGGUCCGUUUUGUGAAGUGGAGGGGCUCGCCCCUUCGCUCACUACGGGCCAAAGAACGCCGAAGGAAGGAGCCAACGACUUCGGCGGCCCGGCGCAGCUGCCCGGUGAGGCGUGCGACAGCACGCCCGUCGCGGCGGCUCCCGAGGCGGACCGACCCCCAUCCGAACGCAAAGCAGGGCACGCAAAACCAACGCCCGCCCCGGUCGCGUCGGAUGGAGCGAGCGCGUAAGAGCUCCUCUCGCUCGCGAGGCCAGCCCGGCGCAGCGCCCUACGUACGCGCUCCCAGAGGCGGCCCGCCGAGGCGCGAGUAUCGAAGAAAGGGCGAGCGAGAGCAAAACCCUCGCGCGCCCAUUCUCUCCCCCCCGCCCGCGCGGCCAGCUCGUGAGGAUUCGUUCCACCGUAGCGGCCCGCCGAGGCAGGGGAGCAACCGACCCGAGGCGGGCUUGAAGUCCGUAGUUCUGAAGUGGAGGGGCUUGCCCCGUCGCUCACUACGGAGCGGAUCAAAGAACGCCGAAGGAGGGAGCAAGCAACACAACUAACUUCGCCCGCCCGGCGCAGCUGCCCGGCGAGGCGUGUGACAGCACGCCCGCCGCGGCGGCUCCCGAGGUGGACCGACUCCCACCCGAACGCAAAUCAGGGCGCGCAAAACCAACGCCCGCUCCGGUCGCGUCGGAUGGAAGGAGCGCACGCGUAAGAACUCCUCUCGCCCGCGAGGCCAGCCCGGCGUAGCGCGUUACGCGCUCCCAGAGGCGGCCCGCCGGGGCGCGAGCAACGAAUAAAGUAAGGGCUAGCGGGCGCAAAACUCACGCGAGCCCACUCGCCCCCCCCGCCCGCGCGGCCAGCUCGUGGGGAUUCGUUCCACCGUAGCGGCCCGCCGAGGCAGGGGGGCAACCGACCGGAGGCGGAUCCGUUUUUUGAAGUGGAGGGGCCCCCUCGCCCCGUCGCCCGCUAUGGAUCAAAGAACGCCGCAGGAGGGGGCAAACAACCUCGGCGGCCCGGCGCAGCUUCCCGGCGAGGCGUGUGGCAGCACGCCCGCCGCGGCGGCUCCCGAGGCGGACCGACCCCCAUCCGAACGCAAACCAUGGAGCGCAAAACCAACGCCCGCGCCGGUCGCGUCGGGUGGUGCGAGCGCAUAGAUGCGAACACCUCUCGCCCGCGAGGCCAGCCCGAGAAGCGCGCUACCUGCUCCCAGAGGCGGCCCGCCAAGGCGCGAGCAACGAAUCAAGGGCGGGCGAGCGCAAAACCCCCGCACGCCCACUCUCUCCCCCCCGCCCGCGCGGCCAGCUCGUGCGGAUUCCUUCCACCGUAGCGGCCCGCCGAGGCAGGGGAGCAACCGACCCGAGGCGGAUCCGUUUUGUGACGUGGAGGGGUCCGCCCUUUCGCUCACUACGAACGGAUCAAAGAACGCCGAGGGAAGGGGCAAAGAACGAAACAACUGUGGCCGCCCGGCGCAGCUGCUCGGCGAGGCGUGUGACAGCAUGCCCGCCGCGGCGGCUCCCGAGGCGGAUCGGCCCCUAUCCGAACGCAAACCAGGUGGGUCGCGCAAAACCAACGCCCGCUCCGGUCGCGCCGGAUGGAGCGAACGCAUAGGAACUCCGCUCGCCCGCGAGGCCGGCCCGGCGUAGCGCAUUACGCGCCCCCAGAAGCGGCCCGCCGGGGCGCGGGCAGCGAACAAAGGGCGAGCGAGAGCAAAGCCCUCGCCAUCCCACUCGCUCCGCCCGCCCGCGCGGCCAGCCCGUGGGGAUUCGUUCCACCGUAGCGGCCCGCCGAGGCGGGGGAGCAACCGCCCGACCCCGGGCGGGUCCGUUUUUUGAAGUGGAGGGGCUCGCCCCUUCGCUCGCUACGGAUCACAGGGCGCCGGCGUUUGGCGUUUCAAUCACCGGAAUCGAGAGGAGGCGCGCUUGGCCACAGAUGGCGCGCGGAUUUGGUUCGUUGGUCUUUGGUUUUUGGAACCCACCGCCCUCCCCCAGCACCCGCCCUCCGCUGCUUCGGCGCGUGUUCUGUGUUUAUCCCGCCUCAGCGCUGAGCUUUGAAACUUUUCGCAGCUCUCGUUCGAAACUUGAAAACUUUUGUCAAUUUGCAAAACCACGGCGCAUCCGUUUCCGGUCUUUGUCAUAUCUCGCGCGCUCGAAAGUUUGGCCAUUCGCUGUGAUUUCAUUCCGUCCUGUGUCUUUGGGCUUUGCACGUUUUCCGUCUUUCCGCCGUUUUUCUAUUUCAACAGUUUGACCAUUCACCGCGCAGCCCGUGCUGGCAAGUUUGACCAUUCACCGCGCAGCCGUGUUUGAAGUUUGGCCAUUCUUUCACCGCGCAGCCGUGCUCGCAAGUUGGUUUGACCAUUCACCUCGCAGCCGUGUUUGAGGGUUGACCACCCACCGCGCAGCCGUGCUUGCAAGUUUGACCAUUCACCGCGCAGCCGUGUCUGAAGUUUGACCAUUCACCGCGCAGCCGUGCGUGCAAGUUUGACCGUUCACCGCGCAGCCGUGUUUGAAGUUUGGCCAUUCACCGCGCAGCCGUGCUUGCAAGUUUGACCAUUCACCGCGCAGCCGUGUUGGAAGUUUGACCAUCCACCGCGCAGCCGUGCUUGCAAGUUUGACCACUCACCGCGCAGCCGUGUUUGAGGUUUGGCUAUUCACCGCAAGGCCGUGCUUGCAAGUUUGACCAUUCACCGACCGCGCAGCCGUUUUUAAAGUUUGACCCGUCACCGCGCAGCCGUCCGCGCUUGCAAGUUCGACUAUUCACCGCGCAGCCGUGUUCGAAGUUUGACCAUUCACCGCGCAGCCGUGCUUGCAAGUUUGAACAUUCGCCGCGCGGCCGUGUUUGAAGUUUGACCAUUCGCCGCGCAGACGUGCUUCCAAGUUUGACCAUUCACCGCGCAGCCGUGUUUGAAGUUUGACCAUUCACCGCGCAGCCGUGCUUGCAAGUUUGACCAUUCACCGCGCAGCCGUGUUUAAAGUUUGACCCGUCACCGCGCAGCCGUCCGCGCUUGCAAGUUUGACCAUUCACCGCGCAGCCGUGUUUGAAGUUUGACCAUUCACCGCGCAGCCGUGCUUGCAAGUUUGAACAUUCGUCGCGCGGCCGUGUUUGGAGUUUGACCAUUCACCGCGCAGACGUGCUUGCAAGUUUGGCCAUUCACCGCGCAGCCGUGAUUGACGUUUCUGCCCUUGCCAAACCCAAAAACCAAAAAAAAAAAACGAAAAAUCGCAAACGCGAAACCAAUCCCGCGGGUCCCCUCUCGUCUCCCUUUUUUUGGUUCUCUGCAAAACCUCAAAACUUCCCCCGCUCAAUGCUAGGAACUAUAAUAGGAAUGCUGCAGUGCAGUUCUGAGAUCUUUCUAUAGAAUAUUGAAAAAGCCGCGGCCUCGUCGUUGCUUACUAGAAUCCCCACCUGACGUAUCGCAGGAAGAACUGACAACUACACAGCUGCACUUUUUUGCAGGACCCAGAUUUUGCAGCGCGCUCAUAUUUGGUCUGCAUGAAAGGAAGAAUCUUUAGUGCACACGCAGAGAUUAUGAUAAGGGAAAAAGUGCAGGAAACUGCCUCCCUUAGCAUUUCCCGGAUGAUGCAGCUACCUGUGUGCUUGGUUAUUCUGCGUCGCCAGGUGUAACUGUAGUAGGAUUUUCUUUUCUGCAUAUAAUGCCACCAUAUUGAAAUGGCGACACCUACAAGAAUGGGGUUUCGGUAGACUCUGUGCGCAUUUGGAAUCGCGAUGAAACAGCUGACUGGUGGUCGCGACGCAGGCGGACCUCAUUGGGCGAUCGACUGAGUUUUGGAAGCAUCACGAUCUGGGAGGCAAAAAACGGUGCAGUGGCCGGCUCCGGGCUGUUUUACGAUCAAAACAACAGGCUGCCGGCCUACGAGAUCUUCGGGCACGCUAAACCUGAAGACGACCUGGAGGGUUUGGACGCAAGUGAUCAAAAGCAGCACGUCGCGUGGAAAUCACAAAACUAUGGCGACGUUGGCGGCAUUGGCCAAAUUUCCAGUCGCGGCACGGUUGUCAAGGUGGACCGCACGAACGUUGGGAGGCUUCGCAUUACACAGGCCUACCGCCGUACGCAAGUGUCAGAACCGAGACGACAAACAAGUACAAAAAAUUUGUAAUGGAUAAAACCCAAGAGCAAGCAGGUGAAACGGUAGGCCUGCACUAAUGGAGAGCAGGCAAACAACGCCGGGCUUUACCCUCUUUAGCCUUAGAAAUAGAGCUGCGACUGGACAUGAUAAAGUCUUCCUUGACCUAAGCUGCGUGACAAAUUGGCCGCAGGCGCUUCCAAAAUUUGUCGCGCUCGGCUUAGAGACAGGCGGCACGACUGGCAUCUAUUGUAUGCUUGCUCGCUUGAACUUUGUCGAUUUCGUUCGUGGCGCUUCCAUACGCUCGGACCACUGUCUGCACGACCAGUGGGAUGAGGCCAAUAGAAACCGGCUAUGAUCUGCAAAAGUAUAGCACCAGUAGGACCAAGCCAUGCUCCGGCUAGCGCGUGGGCGCACGGCCGUACGACGGGGUCAGAACCAUUUGCGACGCGAACGGAACACCGCGAGAGAGAUCCGCGCAACACAUUGGAGGGGCGCGCGACGGUUGGCUGCACCAUGUGGCCCCGCGAGGGUGUCUGCGCGCUUUCCGCGUCUUUGGCGCCCGUCGCACGAGGUGGCUGCCACGAACACUCGGGGCGAACAGAGGACGCCGCAGGCAGCGCAUCCACCAAGGCGCUUCUUAUUUACUCAACUGCCCACAUCACUCUCGGCCUAUUCUCACACGCCACCCAUUCCUUUUUUUGUUGUUGUGCCCCGUCCCUGGGUAUGACAGAAGGACGUGUGAUAGUGGGCACGAGCGAUGGGCCCGGGACGUGGUGCGGGGGAGCGAGGUAGGCGGCAAAUAAAAACUCUGGGCGCUCAAGUGUUUCGCUCUGUGCUAAGGCAGGGCCGAUACGGAGUCGGCCCCUCCCCUUCCAUGCGAGUCGCGGGACUUCCGCCCUUUCGCUGGCCCUCUUUUCUACCUCUCUCAUGGUGCGCGCCUAAAAAUGGUCCGGGUAUACUCUGGAAUGGAGGCCGGCAAAGGUGGUGGCCGACAGGUCGCCGAGAAGGUCUCCGCAGGUGCCUCCCUGUCGCUGGCCCUCUUUCUACCUCUGCACCCUCUUGCCCCGAACCAAGAAGGGCUGUGAGUGGGCCCUUCGGCGGGCUAUACUGGCGCCACCCCUUCUGGGCCCCCCUCUCAAAAGGCCUUCCGCGUCCCCUCCCCCAUCUUCGUCGACCUCUUUUGAUAAUCUGGCAACCAAAUGCGCGCGCCCAAAACUGGCAGCCAGCUGCGGGCGGUGAAAGUGUGCACGUCGCUCGGGCCACCUGAAAAAUGGAAAAAGAAAAAAAAAUGCGCAGAAGAGCAAUCCCUCCGCAGGCUUCAAAACUGCCCGUCAGAUGCGGGCGGCGAAAAUGUGCAAAGCCCUUCGGUCAUCUAAAAACUUGGAAAAAAAGGAAAAAGUAGCAAAAGUCGAGAACCCUUGGCAGGCUUAGAAGCUGGCCACCACGGGCGGUCCGGCGGGGCGCGCGCUUUCGCCAUACCAUCGCGAUUGGGAAAAAAAACAAGUGCAGUAGAAAGGGGCGGGGGUAUGUCACAAAGCUCCCACUUGCCCUGGGUUGUGGGCAGAAAUUCGGCAUCUUCCCCGGGUCUGAAGUGGCCGACUUUGGUGGCCCAGCAAGGUUCUUUGGUUUGCGGUUUCCCACAUACCUUCCUGGCCCGGGGGCCGGUUCGUCACGCAGGGGGCAGAAAGGAUGCCCCGCGGCGAAGGAGGAUGGGCCCCCCCCGCCAAGUACCUUCCUGGCCCGGGGGCCAGUUCGUCACGCAGGGGGUAGAAAGGAUGCCCCGCGGCGAUGGAGGAUGGGGGGGUCCGGGGGGGGGGCUUGCCCCUUUCGGCCACAUACCUUCCUGGCCAGGGGCCAGUUUGUCAUGCAGGGGCUAGAAAGAAUGCUCCGCCGCGAAAUAGCCGGACUUCGCGGGCCGCGGGGAAGUGGUGGAGCCCGCGGCGGCCCGCAGGCUCCUGCGAUAGACUUUGAAUAGAAACCCGGAAGCCCCCGAUGACCCCAAUGGGCGUCGUGUUUGCUUUCAACUUGUGCUACACACUAAAACUAGAAGCGUCGACUGACAUCCCGCCCGGCCGCGGCCAUGUUCUGGAAGCGACACACGUGGGCCCUAGUCUGCUCAAGAGGAAGAAGUGGGAUUCUAAUUCAAAAGAAAUGGCGCUGGCAGCCGCGCGGCGAAAGCGCGGCCCUAGGGCCGCGCUUUCUCCGCCGGGCCGGCUGGUUUGGCUUUCGCGCUGGUUACAUUUUCGCCGACGCAUUUGGUUACCAAUGUCGCCCUCCGGGGUCGAUCUUCAUGCUUGAAGUAGAUUGCAAGUACCCUUAUAAUACUUAAAGUAGAUUGCACUCACUCGAGCAAUAGGCUCGGUAGCGUGGAAGCGAGUAUUCCGCUAGAAUGAGAUUUGUAGCGCAUACCCGCCAUCACAAUUGGUGCGAGCGCGAUACUUUUGCAUCCGAUGCCGGCGUAUCAACCACAGCUUUGUUUUCUGGGUCUGAAGAAUGCAGGAAACUUUUGUGUUGUUUCCAUUGCAUGCGUAGCGAGAACUGCAAUACACGUAGAGCGCCACAACUUUGCGGAGGCUUCUCCAUGCCUAGCCCGCAUGAAAAGUGCCCUGUCUUUGUGAAAAAAUGCGACAACAUUCACGAUGACUACGUGAGACAGAUUUCUGCAGCUGUGUUUAAAAAUCAGCAUUACAAGCUUGCACUCUUCCAGACCCAUACAUGCUCGCAAUGUAUACGGCUGUGGGAUGCUGGAGAGAGAGACGCCGCGGUUUAUGCAAACGAGGAACACUCGCGGCGGCGACAUUACACCGUGUGCAUAUGCAGAGAAAAUAGAAGCGCCACAGCUACUACACAUACUUAUCGUCUAUGUAGGCCAAGCAAAACAGCGAAGGUCUGUCACGCUGCUUAGAUUAUGUGCUCAGGAGCUCAUUAGUUGUCUCAUGCGCUUUCUAUUCCCCAUCUCUCAUGGGAGCAUCUGCAUUUAGUUGCAUUUUCUUUCUGUCAUGCCAAGAAAGUCUGUGCUGCCGAAGUUAAUUACUAUAAGUGUGUACCUGCUGUGGCACUUACACUUUGUUUUUUGGAUAGGGCACCAAAGACACCUACUAUAUGACGAUUUGCGGAAUCGAAAUUUUCAAACCCGUAGAAAUACCGCAAUCACCGCGAUAGGAAGUGCGCACCAUGAAGAUCGAUUUCCGUUCGCAGUCGACUGAUGUGCCACAAUUGUCGCAAGUACUUAAACAGGAAAAGCUGGACAAUUUUUGCGCGCGUCGUUUUAAAUAAAUAAAGGAAGGGCAGUGCUUAUAAGCAUAUUAUACUUUUGGCGUCUCACUUUUUUUUGCAACAUCAAGAAGAAAGAAAAGCAAGCACUAGAGCACUGGCAGGGUAUUUUUCAGUACAUCAACCAAUCAAAACUGAAGCAGUCGUGGAUAAGCUAAAUGCAAAUACGUUAUAAUCUCAUCUAUCUCGAGAAUUAUAGAUACGCGUAAAAGUGGCUCUGGUUUUUCGAAGACGGCGCACUUUGAAAGAAGCGAUAGAAUUCGCAGUCUGCCAGCACCCCAUGCUUUUUUUUGGCGGAAGGGGAACGCCGCCGACGCACUCAAGAUUAGAAAAGAGCCGGGUCUUCAGAUGCAUUCCGUCAUUGCUAUCCUGCUGCGCGGUUGCUGCAUGUCGCUUGACACGGCUCUGUGCUACGUUAGGCUUUGGCGAAGCACUGAUUGCACUCCCAAGCUACUCACUCUACAGACCCUAUUUUGCAGGGCAGGCGUCACCGUCAAUCUGAUAAUAUGGAAUAUAAGUAAAUGAAAGCAAUGCUUUUAUUUAUUCAUGUCGUUCUAAACGAACCAAUAGCAACAGAAAUUCAUUUUUACGGUCGUGUACAAUUUUGCAAGAUGCAGUAAGCGGCCACUUCUUCGUAAUUUUGUAGCUGAGUUUCAUUUACUUAUUUUGGUAGAUAAACAGGACGCAUCAAGUAUUUUUUUUCCGGACUGGCCCUGACUGACGUUGCGCCAACAGUGUGUAUAUUUUUCGAUGCGUUUUUUUUUUUUUUUUCAAUUACUUGCCCAUGGUAUUAUUUUGGCGCUCAUUGUUCCAAGAAAUUUUCUAGUAUCUCGAAUAGUCUUAGUUAGUGAAAGGCUUAUUUGUGGCUCCCGCUCCCGCACUUCUAUUGUCAUUUGGACAUCAGCUUCGUAAUCUGCACUCAGCCUGGAAGUCAGAAGAAUGAUGCGCAUUCGCUGCUUGUAACAGCGUCAAGCAGUCGUCAGUCCAUUGCGAGUCGCGUAGAGAACAAGUACGAGCAAGCUUGUUGGGUCGCUACUUGUAGUCGCACUUUCUGGAGUUGGUGACUCGGAGUACCAUCUAUCACUACCAUGUAGAGAUGUUUAUUUUUGUAGCAGAACGAAAGCCACCAGCACCAGCUCGUCCGUGAGGAUUUCGUAUGUAGUGAGGUCACCGAACGGUUCUAGCCGGGGAGUUUUUUUGACAGCCAGACAGCAAAACGGCCGUCAGCUUUCAAGCGGGUGGAAGUGUUUUUGGACAUAAAACAUUUUCAAUUAUCAAGCGGGCGGGGCUUUGCCGUCAAACAAGCCCGAGCCAAUUCUAUCGAUUCGCACUGGAUAAAACGACGCUGGGGAGCCGGCAAAAGGGGCGCCCUUUUGAGGCGCCCGCCGCCUUGGUUUCUGGCGAUUUGGGGCGCCCAAAAAGGGGCGCGCAAAAAACGCGCCCAAAAUCAGAACAGCGAAACAGCAUGGCGCGGCCGCGAUUUCAGAGCAUUUUGGGCGGCCGCGAAAGCGGCCGCCUGUUCGCCGGUUUCAGAGCCUGGGAAGCUUUGCAAAAAGCGCCGGCGUGAAAAAUAAAAACGCGAAAAAGAAAAAGCGCCGAAGAGGCGCAAUGCCAAUCCGCAUGCUAUGGGCCCGAUUUUUCUUCGCUUUUUGGGCGCCCCCCGUGGCACCCGGAUCGGCCCCAUAGCAUUGGGGCUGGCCUUCGGAAAGGAAUUUCGGAAAUUUGCCAAAAUUUGCGACGUUUAUCAAGCGGCCGCCAUACCGUGCGGCCUAACGUUACUCACGGCGGUAUGGCGAGCCCAGAAAAAGCAAAGCCGCGGCCAAGGCGGUGGCCGGCAAGAAAACGCCCACGACCUCACUACCUCCGCCCCGGCGGCUAUAUUUGGUACUAUAUCGGAAGUCCUUAUCAUGUUGCGACUGCGGCUCACUGUAGUGCGACCUAGAAGCUGCACUUUUAUCACGGGAUUUCCUACCGGGGAGACAGUAAGUUGUAGCGUUCUUUCAUCUUUGCUACAAGGCCGCAGCUUAUGUCGCGCAGUGGGAGGGUGAACGAGUAAACAGGGGGGAAAGAAAAACGCCAGACGGUGGGCAAGGGAAAAAAAAUUUUUAAUGCAGGGCGGGGCCAAGCUUCUGCGCCGUUCUUGCUCAAAACACGAAGGCGGAGCGCUACAGCCGCCGUGGUUCCCGUCGUUGCGCAAGCGCGAGGACCCCGCCCGCAUUGGGCGCGCGUUUGUGUGGCGGCAAGCCUUAGGCCCAACAACGCUCGCAAAGCGCGGCAGCGGGCGGGCGCCCGCGGAGGGGGAAUGGAAGCAAGGGGACAGCCCGCGCCAUACGCGGCGCUGGCGCGCGACGCCCCGCCCGCGCGUCUGCUGUGUGGCCCCUCCGUGUCGCCUGCCUGUGCGCCCCGCCCCUGCACGCCUUGGCGCCCCCGCCGCCACACUCUUCUCUCUCGCGCGGCCUUUCAGAGCAGCGGCUGCCUGGGGCCCCUGCCGUGCGCCGCGCGUUGAUAGAGGACGGGCGCCGGGGGGGGGGCAUUGCUUUCCAAGGGCGGGGGCCCACCACCCUCCCCCCCGCACCCCCGGACCACAGCUGCGCCCCGCGCGUGAGCUGGCGAGCUCUUUCGCCUCCGCCCCCUUUGUGUCUUGGCAGCCUUCUAGAGGCGGCGGCCGGCGGCGCCCUCUGUCUCCCACCAAGCCCCCUCGCAAACAGAGGGAGGGCGUCGGGGGAGGGUGGUGGGCAGCUGCCCGCCUGGUGUUUCCCGCGUUUGUUUCCCGUGUUGCCCGCUUGCCUCGCGCUUCCCGUUGUCCCCGUUCCCGCUGUCCCGUUGCACUUUUCUCAGGGGAUUUCCUACCGGGGAGAUAGUGAGCUGUAGCGUUCUUUGAUCUUUGCUAUAGAUAGUACUAGUAGUCUAGUACAUAUAAAUCUUCUGGGUGCGACGGCGACCAGUCCUCAGCAUGCGAGUCAGGUGCGAGGGAGGCGUGUUCUUGCUAUCGAGAAAAAUACUUGGCUGAAGAUGAUUUAUAAAAAUAGAAGUGCUAGUACAAGAGCAGGCCGCUGAAGUAGUUUUAUCGCACUCCGUGGAUCUAAAAAUUUGACACGGCCCACAAGAACUACCGUGCGACCAUCCUAAAAGUUAAUACUUAACUCUGGGGCUGGUCCUCCACGUAGUAUGUAUUCAAGUUCUGUAGCUGUACUCCCGGCGUGCUGUGCUGCGACUGUCCACAAGAGCUACAGAAAAAACUGCCGGCGCAGAAAAAAAAGAAAAGACUUGUUUCAUCUUCGUUGUGCUUAUUAACUUCAACGUGUGCGACGACUCUUCGAGCGCGAUUCGUGUUCCACAGAAAUUUCGUCACGCGUUGUCAAAAAAGCUAGCACUUGAUGACUGCGCACGACCGAAAGUAUAACGUACAAGACGCGCAUGCGAAAAAUCUUCUGCGUCUUGCCUGUCACCACCGACGAUCAAUACCGAUGUGGAGUCGCGCUUGC